GAGGAGGAGGCGGUGGCUGGAGGAAGGGGAGAGUCAGAAUAAUCACAGAGAGGUAGAGAACAAGUCUGUGAAAGAUCCUGGGAGAGAGAGAGAGAGAGAGAGAGAGAGGGAGAGAGAGACAGACUGGGUGUGCAUGUGUGCUUGUGGGCAGAUGCUAUAGACCUUCCUGCUUUCGCUAACCCCUGUACAUGUGUGUGACGGUGUGUGCAUGAGAGAGCGAGAGGGAGAGAGGACAGAAAGACGAAGAGAGGGGGGAAACACAGAGAGUGAGAGAAGGAAGAAAAGAAGGAGAAAAAAGGAGGAGAGCGAAAAGACAAAACCCAACCAUGCUGUGCUGUAUGAGAAGAACUAAGCAGGUAAUGUUCCCAUUUUCAUGGCAGGGUCUGUGGCUGGAGCUAUGGUGGAAGCUGACAGAUGCUUCCAUGACAUGAGAUGUGUAAAGGGCCAAUUCCCUUUGUGUUAUAUGCAUUGUGUAAGUGGGGAUAAUGGACUUAUUGGGGAAGGAUGUGUUAAAGUCAUGACAUGUGUCUCAUUUUAUAGAGGAAGAGCCAUUGUGAUUCUAUUGGCACAAUAUAAAGGGAUUCAUCUAACUGCAUGGAAGGGGUUAAAUGGCUCUCUAUGUGGGAUUUUUAUUUUCUGUGCGAAAUAUCAUUUUAAUGUAGAAAAAAAGAAAAUUAAUCUAUUCCACCCCUGUGUGUCCCUUGUCGAGAAAGGGAUCCUGCGGAUUAAACUCGUGUUAAUAUGAAGAACAAUUGGCUUUUCACAUUAAUGCAAUUAAACCGGAGAGAAUUAAAAUCAGAAUAAAAGCCUUUUCAUUUUUUUUUUUUUCGCUCACUGUAUCCGAAAAGCACCGGCAUUCGCACAGCUGGGCAGCAGCUGGUAGGGAGACAGGACCACGCCCCUAGAAACCCAGAGCAUUCGAACAGAAUCCUACUGAUACAUUGUAUCAAUUAUCCUCCGAAUGGGCUGCAUUGGCAAACCUUUAACCGACCGAACUGAUCAUUUAACACUUUAAGGGACAUUGGGAGAAAGUGGCCAGUUACUGAGCCAAAUUCUUUAACCCUUUAAGACACAGGAUAGAGCAACAUGUUGCAGAGAAAUGAUGAACCCACUGGGAGCAACGAAAGAUGUAAAGCCCUGGACUGGUGUACACUAACAGUUCAUAUUAGCCCUUCCUGCCCAUUGCUAUAGAUUCUGAGAAAACUGACUUAUUUUAUUGCUAAUCGUAAUUUAUUCUAUUUUUAGAUAAAACAUCAAUGGUUCUGGCAGAUGGCUUGGUUUAAGUGUAGAAGCUAUUAGCUAUAAUUUGGGGAACUGAUAACCUGAUUUUUUUUUCUCUCUCUUUUUUUCUUGCUUAUGAAGUAGGUACAUGCAUUUUUAUCAGCUGAAAUAAAACGUCCUUUUUUAACACAUGCUCACAUUUAUUCAGAUUUUUUUUUUUAAACUUGGUGCAAUGUAUUAAAAAAAACCCUGUAGAUUUACCUGUAAAUUCUGAAAUGGGGGUCUCCGUGUUAAAAUGAGGCUCUAGGACAUUCUAGAUAUAUCUUGUGCAUUGAAAAUGACUAUGGUAUCUUUAAAUCCACCUGAAGAAUGCGUAUUGUUUGAUCACAUACAUAUCAUACAGGAUAUUGAUCCAUUGAUCUUAUGGAAGGCAAGAAACAAGAGUGGUUUUGUCUACAAGGCUUUACUUCACAUUGACUUUAAUUACACCCAUGGGGACGGAUUUGGGCUGCAUUGGAAAAUGCUGGCGAUAACUUGUUCACACCCUAUGAGAGUGGUGGCAAUCCUUGGCAGCCCAGAUAUUUGUCAAUUAAAUACAUUUGUACAAAAAUCUUGCUAAAACAUCUGGGUACCAAAUGUAGCAUCACUGCUCUAUAUAGGAUUUAAAAAGAAGGAUACAAUGUAUCUGAAUGGUUUCACUGAGCUGAAUGCAGUUAUGGAUGGAGAGCGGGGGGGGGGGGGGGUAGUAAUCCCACCCAUUUGAUGGUACCCUAAAGAAAUGAGUCUUCUGGUGAUUGAGAGGUUAAAGGUGUGGCUGAGACGUGCAUCACUUGUAGAAUGGAAGAUGUAGAAAGUAGGGUGGGGUUAGACACUGUGCGAAUAAUGGAGGUCUGUGCAUGUUAUACAGAAUAUCAUAUAUUUGGCCAUUUUCCAUGUCUACCUGUGGCUGAAUACAGCGGUUGCCAUUCAGAUUUAUAAUGCAUUGUCUGACAAAUUGUUUCAGCUCCACAAUAUUUGUGUGUAUGUUAUAUAGAAUGUUGGAGAAAUGGAGACAGGGUAGAAGCCGAGCAAGUAUCGGUAUUAUAAUGUAAUAAAUUAAUUGGAUAGGGGAUAAAUGAACCCUAUUGCUGCCAAUGCCAACAUGCGGUUUCAUUAACUUUGCUUAGCUUGGCUAUAGGUUUGGUUAGGUUUGGUUGACCCUAGAAGAGCUAGAGGGGUGUGAAAUGCAUUUUUCGCCUUGGUUUAAGGAUCAUGUAGAUAUGAGGUAGAAAUGAGCAGAAUUUGGUAUUUUCCAAGACACAUGGUCUAGCCAGCCAAAUCCCAGCACAAGGCAGACGGAUACUGUUGCUAGGGUUUAGACUGAUGCUGCUGAGUAUGCGCUGUGAGCUAGACUCAUUGAGUGCUACUCAAAGCCUCAAUAGAAAAUUGCUUCCUCCCCCCAUCUCUUACCACCAGCAACCCCCUGCCAGCAAGGCACUCCCUUCCCUUUCUAAUCCAGGAUCAUUACACCUCUAUUAACUCUAAGAGCUCGAGAGGAAUACAUUAGCCUGUAGUGAUAUCAUGAUUAUUGCUUUUCACAUAUAUAUAGUGAUUCAUCAUUUUUAUAGGAUUUUAUUGGUAUUAUUAUUUUUAUGAGUUGUUGGCUAUUUAGAUACCAAAUUAAAUCAAUAUUAAAAAAUUAUAGCAUGGGUUAACCCUUAGAGCUGCAGAGAGUGAUCAGCCAAUUGCACAGUGACACAUUCAGGCUAUUAGCAUACCUCUUACAAAACUGUUAAAGGGACAGAACAAAGCUGUAUUCAAUCACCCAAAGCACCUCUCAUUUUUUAAAAUAAUCACAUGUUCUGAGAGCCUGCGAGCGUACAGCUACGAGGCACUAUACUCAGCAUUACCUAGAGACAGAAAGGGACCGAUGCCACACCCUUUAUUAAAGACUAGUGGCAGAUACUGUUUCAGCCAUAAGAAUUGCUGUGAAUACAGCAAGAUUCUAAUGAAGUGGAAAAUGACAAGUGGUAUUAUAAAUCUAGACUGAGUAUUUUUAUAUCAUCUUAUCUGCCAUAACGUGAGAUUUAUAUACAGCACUGAAAGAAAGAUCACUCCCCGCUAGUAUUAAGAUGAAUGCUUUUAGUUCCAAACUACCAUUCGCUUUAUUUGAGUGCUAUAAAGGAGUUCAGCGGACUCCAAAGAGUUAAAUAAUUGUCAGUAGAAUUUGCAGUAGAAGUCACAGUCUGCAUGGUGUGAAAUUGUUGGGUUCAACUAUUUUUUUUAUAAAUAAGAUGAAAAAUUGAUGUGCGGUACAUAGAGGAUAGACGAAUGGUGCACAGCGACUCACGUUCAGGUUAGAGAAGUGUAAAAACAUAGGAUAGAUUAACUAAGUGCCCACUGGUGGCAGAUUUACAUGUAUGACUGAUCGCAGAGCAGCACAUCUGUACCGGAAGACAACGUUUCAUGAAUGGAAUUAGCGGCGGAGGUGAAUGGAGUACUCAUUGGAAAAAAAAAAAAAGCCUUUGCCUGCCUAGACAACGAAUAGUCAAAGACAAGGGGGCUGAUAGAAAUCGGUGGAGCAGGGAAUGUUUUAAACUACAAAUACAAAAUGUUCUUCUGCUCAUCUGGGAAACAGGGAUAACUUCAGCAAUAGCUCCAUCUUUGCAGAGCACCUGUAUCUUCUAUCAUUUUUUUUUUUUUUUUUUUAAAUACUGCAUACCGUCUUUGAAAGGAGAAUCAAUAUCUUCAAAAAGAUGAUUUACUAGCAUAUUAGGAAUCAAACAUUCAGAGCGCUUGGAAAUGAUUUUGCACUUUAAAAAUUAUUAUUAUUAUCAAUAUUAUUAUUAUUAUUAUUAUUAUUAUUAUUUUAAUCCAUCAAUUCUUCUGUCUAGCCCAAAAGAAGCUGGAUAAAAUUAUAAUUUUGCCAGUGGAUGCCAGAAGUUUCUUGCUUGAAUGAUAGUUUGAUAAAUAUUUAUAUAUUGCUACACAUGGCGGUUCUGCCAGCGAGGCUAGGAUGGCACUUUGGAUUUAUGUGUUCAGGAGCGAUUUCUCUCAAUUUGAUACAAGGAUACACAAUGUGAGCUAAAAAUCAGGAAACGUCAUCUAAUUAUGGACUUUUAAUGAGGAGAGCACUUACAUAUAUUAGCAAGAUUGUAGAGAACCUCAUUAGUGAGUUUAAGUGGGGACUGCAUCGAUCACCACCUACCAUAUCCAUGUUCACUAGAUAUUCAUUUAAUGGCCACUUCAAAAAACAUUAUCUCCAAGUUAUUCCAAGACCACAAAAUGCAUUUACCUAUAAGGUUGUUCUGAAGUUAAAUAAAAAAAUAAAACACAUUUCCAUGAUAACUGGACUUUGUACAGAUAUUGGUUUCUGCCAAUGGUAUAUUGGCGCCAAAGUUGACUUUGCACACUUGCCAACUUUUAAAAAGUGAAGGACGAGCCAAGUUUGCUGGAGGAGAGAUACGUUUUAAUAUGUGUGCAGUGAAGUGUUACAGAGACAUGGAAAGGUCUGGCAAAGAUCUGGUUCUAUUAAAUGUCGAAUGAUUGCCAUGCUGAAAAGGAGCUUCAAUAAGGAAGUACAGACUAAGACUUUAAAGGAAUAGAAGAAUAUUGGGGUGUUUAUAAAGGCUAACACAGUAAAGGAAUGGAAGAUUUUUGGGGAGUUUAGGAGACUCAUAAAGUAAUGGAAUGGAUGAAUGUUCAGGAGGAACAUAAUAAAGGGAUUGAAGAAUGCUCAUGAUGUGUAUAAGGCUAACACAGUAAAGGAAUUGAAGAAUGCUCAGGAUGUGUAUAAGGCUAACACAUUAUAGGAAUUGAAGAAUGCUCAUGAUGUGUAUAAGGCUAACACAGUAAAGGAAUUGAAGAAUGCUCAGGAUGUGUAUAAGGCUAACACAGUAAAGGAAUUGAAGAAUGCUCAGGAUGUGUAUAAGGCUAACACAAUAAAGGGAUUGAAGAAUGCUCAGGAUGUGUAUAAGGCUAUCACGGUAAAGGAAUUGAAGAAUGCUCAGGAUGUGUAUAAGGCUAACACAAUAAAGGGAUUGAAGAAUGCUCGGGAUUUGUAUAAGGCUAACACAAUAAAGGGAUUGAAGAAUGCUCGGGAUGUAUAUAAGGCUAACAGAAAAAUUUAAUCAAAGAAUUCUUGGAAUGUGUAUAAGGCUAAUGCAGUAAAAGAAUUGAAGAAUGCUCGGGGUGUGUAAAACACGGUAAAAGAAUUGAAGAAUGCUUGGGAUGUGUAUAAGUCUAACACAGUAAAGGAAUUGAAGAAUGCUUGGGAUGUGUAUAAGUCUAACACAGUAAAGGAAUUGAAGAAUGCUCAGUAUGUGUAUAAGGCUAACACAGUAAAGCAUUGAAGAAUGAUGGGGAUGUGUAUAAGGCUAACACAGUAAAGGAAUUGAAGAAUGCCUGGGAUGUAUAUAAGGAUAACACAGUAAAGGAAUGGAAAAAUGCUCAGGAUGUGUAUAAAGCUAACACAUUAAAGGAAUUGAAGAAUGCCUGGGAUGUGUAUAAGGAUAACACAGUAAAGGAAUUGAAGAAUGCUCUGGAUGUGUGAAAGGCUAACACAAUAAAGGAAGAAUUCUCAGGAUGUGUAGAAGUUUAACACAUUAAAGGAAUUGAAGAAUGCUCAGGAUGUGUAUAAGGCUAACACAUUAUAGGAAUUGAAGAAUGCUCAAGAUGUGUAUAAGGCUAACACAUUAAAGGAAUUGAAGAAUGCUCAGGAUGUGUAGAAGGCUAACACAUUAAAGGAAUUGAAGAAUGCUCAGGAUGUGUAUAAGGCUAACACAUUAUAGGAAUUGAAGAAUGCUCAAGAUGUGUAUAAGGCUAACACAUUAAAGGAAUUGAAGAAUGCUCAGGAUGUGUAGAAGGCUAACACAUUAAAGGAAUUGAAGAAUGCUCAGGAUGUGUAUAAGGCUAACACAUUAUAGGAAUUGAAGAAUGCUCAAGAUGUGUAUAAGGCUAACACAUUAAAUGAAUUGAAGAAUGCUCAGAAUGUGUAUAAGGCUAACACAGUAAAGGAAAUGAAGAAUGCUCAGGAUGUGUAUAAGGCUAACAUAGUAAAGGAAUUGAAGAAUGGCAAGUAUAUAAGGCUAACACAGUAAAGGAAUUGAAGAAUGCUCAGGAUGUGUAUAAAGCUAACACAGUAAAAGAAUUGAAGAAUGCUCAGGAUGUGUAUAAGGCUAACACAGUAAUGGCAUUGAAGAAUGCUCAGGAUGUGUAUAAGGCUAACACAGUAUAGGAAUUGAAGAAUAUUCAGGAUGUAUAUAAGGCUAAAGCAGUAAAGGAAUUGAAGAAUGCUCAGGAUGUGUAUAAGACUAAAAGAAUAAUGAAAUCAAAUAAUUCUUGGAAUGUGUAUAAGGCUAAUGCAGUAAAGGAAUUGAAGAAUGCUUGAGGUGUGUACACCACGGUAAAGGAAUUGAAGAAUGCUGGGGAUGUGUAUUAGGCUAACACAGUAAAAUGAUUGAAGAAUGCUCAGGAUAGGUAUAAGGAUAACACAGUAGUAAUGGAAGAGUGUGUAUAAGGCUGGAAUAUAAGGCAGAUGUGUAUAAGGUAAUAGAAUGCUCAGAAUGUGCAUAAGUCUAACCUGAGGAAAACUAUGAAAAAUGUCUCUGAUAUUUUCUUAUAUGCAGAAUCACUAGCAUAAUCUUAUAUUAGUGUCAAAAUUUUUACAGAUGCAGAAAGAUCUUGAGAAUUAAGAACAGAACACAUGAUCAAUAAACAUGCAGGCCUUUUGCAGACUGUUUUAACAUAGGGUCACUUGGAAUGAAUUACUUUGUGAAUUACAUAAAUGUGAAUAGCCUUAGGUGCAGGUCCAACAUCCGAAGUAAACUCACUGUGAAGCUUAAUGAAACAGAACAGGAAAUAAAGCUCAUUGACAUAAAGGACAGUGAAGUCUUAUGUUUAAGGUCUUGUAAUUACAAGGACGGGCUUCAAUCCCUCGAUAUUUUCAUUUGAAAAGAAGACGAAGAAGACUGAAGGAUCCUGGGAGAGAAUGAAAGAAAUGAGAGCAAAUAUGAGAUUGUUUACGGAAGUCUCUCCCAGGCAGUUAUAUGGGUACCAAGUAAGCUGCAAUAACAGAGGUCUAGAGGGACCAAUAGGGAGACUACACAUCCUUCAUUACUCCAAUAUCAAUAAUCUCUGUUCAUCACAUAUGGCAAAGAUAACAAGAUGUGGUAAAAUACUAGGUGCAGACAGAAGGACUUGAUGUUUUUUCAAGUCAUUUCACCCUUAAAGUGGCACUCCAAACACCUAGAGCACGUUAUCUCGCAGAGGUGCAUUAUGUAUGAAGAGUAUGUCCUCUUUUUAAAAAAAAAGAUUUCAAUAGUAAUUGACUCUUUGUUACACACCCUCCUAGCUGUCAAUCAAAAAAUCGCUUCUUUUACUUCCUGGUUUGGUUAGCUCAGUGGAGAUAAACUCAAGAGGCAGCAAUUACCCAGAGCACCUGCCUUGCAAAGACUUCUCAUUGAGCUGCAUUGGAAAGUCUGUGAUUGGACAGCCACAGAAAGUCUGGGUGGGGUUAGAAGGGGACAACUUGUAAAGGCUGCAGACAAGACACACUCCUGGCAAAUGUGAUCCCUAUAUUUAAUACAAUAAACUGAUAACACACUAAAAUAAUAUGCAAAAAAAGUAAAAUAAAAACAAAAUAUUAAAUAUUCAAUCUUUUAAAGUUCUUUAAACUGCACAGGCAAACUGCAGCAGCAUACAGCCUCUCCGAGACCAGGAAGAAGGUUCACCAAUCCUUAGCCUCUGCUAAUGUGUUGUGUUAUCCCAAAACCACAAUGCUAUUCAGAAAUUGGAGACCAAAACAAACAAACCUAAAUAACCGAUACAAAACAGCAUUAUAGUAAUGCACACAAAAAAAGGUUCAAAUCAAAUGCAAGUGAAAAAUAAUCCAAUCGUCUAGUUUGCCUUCCUUUCAUGGAAAUGGCUUGUUUCUAUAGCCCAUGCAUACGAAUGACUUUUUUACUGAUUGAUGGACAGACAGAUGGAUAGAUAGAUAGACAAUUAAUGUUAAAGAAAACCAUAUAGCAUUAAUGAGAAUGUAAAAUCAAUGUUAAUUUACUACUUGAUAUUAUGCAAAUUAAAGCAGCUACAAUUAAAGUAUAUAAAAAUGUUCUGACAUUGAGAUAUAUAUAUAUAGUACUAAAGUAAUUUAAAGCAUUCUAACUGUGGACGAGGUUUUCUGUGCACCGUAUCAAAGUUACAUUAAAGGAACACUACAGAGUCAGGGACACAAACAUGUAUUCCUGACCCUAUAGUGUAAAAAACACAAUAUAGCCCCCUCUGGCACUCCCUUGCCCACCUAUAUAAAGUAAAAUCUUACCUUUCUUUCAGUCUGCUGGUGCUGGCUCUGCUCCUGUCUGCCUCCUUGGCUGACAUCAUCAGAUGUGAUUAUCUCAGCCAAUCACAAUGCUUUCCCAUAAGAACGCAUUGGAUUGGCUGAGAUGGUCAAUUCUGAUGAUCCCAGCCAAGGAGGUGGGCUGGGGGUGGAGCCAAAUGCUGCCCUGGCCUAUCAGCAUCUCCUCAUAGAAAUGCAUUGAAUCAGUUCAUGUCAAUGAGAAAAGUUCAGUGUCCCAAUGCAGUGGAUGAAGACUGUGACAGAACCAUCUGUAUGCCUAUUCUUGGUGGAUUCGUCUAGUUUGCCUUCCUUUCAUGGAAAUGGCUUGUUUCUAUAGCCCAUGCAUACGAAUGACUUUUUUACCGAACAAAUCUACCGAACGGACGGCCACCCAGAAUAGAAGUGUGUGGCUGGUUAACCUCUUGAUCCCAAUUAGAACGUUGUGGUUAACCGCAGACACUUCUCAAUUAAAACCGAAUACAGGGUGGUCGUCGUUCGCAUGUCGACCACGAGGCAGCGGCCAUUUUAGAUUGCACGAAAGACCAGCGGUGUUUGGCAUUGAUUUCAUGGAACUAAGAACGGACACUUUUUCUGCCGAACACCGCUGAAACAACGGGUCACCCUGCUCCGUCGACGAAAGCAUGCGAACACCGGCCGUUUGGGAGUUUUGAAUUACAUGCAGAGACUUAACCCAGAUAGCCAUCCCAUGGAAUCAAUCGCAUACCGAAAGACUGUAAGAACUUUGACUCCAUGGCGAUUGAACUAUGUGUAUGGGAUCUGAGCGCUAUUCGCUAAUAAUAUGCACUCAGAUCCAGGCUAUCUGGGGAUAUGUGAUACGAAUGCAAAAUGUUCGGUAGUUGUGGAAUUAUAUAUUUUUGUGUGUUUUCUGGCAUUUUACUUAAGAUGGCGAUUUGUCUUUGUCAUGGAGAUAAUUGAAUUACUUCUCAAUUAUCUCCAGGGCAGAGGGGAGGAAACCAUAUUGCAUUGUGGGAAACGUUUGUGCCUCUAUGUCUAAAAUGUCCAUAUGUCCAUCUGUCAUUACAGUCUCCCAUUUGGUCCCCUAGGGGAGUGUCCACCAAGUGGGAGACCUGCAUAAAUACGGACGGGUAGCCCACAAUAAAGCCAGAUCCUGUUUGACCUUCAAUGCGGAGCGUAGUCUCAUUAUUGGGGGGAUUUAUUACCGACGACUAGAGACUGAUUGCUGGAGCCGAAAGCCGCUUGGUGGAUAUACUUGUUCGGCGGCUAGCGGCGAUUCGUGGAUUUCUUUUCGGGAGUUUGGAGCCUCUUACGGAUCCCGUUUGGGAGAUUACCACUUCCCCUGAUGGUGGUUUGUAUACAGCAGUCUAUGCGAACGGAGAUAGUGAGAUUGCGAAGCGGGAAGCUUAACUAAACGGCGGUUUCCCUCACAGGCACAAGGGGUGUCUUAACAAAGACACUCAAUGUCAGUCACACUGUGCAGCACUGCCCCAGGAAGCACAUCUAAUAGUUAUCUGAGGAGUGGCCACUGGAGGUGUCCCUAGGUUGUAAUGUAAACAAUGCCUUUUCUCUGAAAACACAGUGUUUACCACAAAAAGCCUGAAGGGAAUGAUUCUACUCAGCAGAGCAAAUACAAUAAGCUGCAGUUGUUCUGGUGACUAUAAUGUCCCUUUAAGUUACAUUAAAGAGUUUAUUAUGCGCAGUUAUCUGGGCCUCAGUGGAUAUGAAGUGUCUAUUCCACCAGUAACGACGCACUAAAUUAGCAUGGAACCCCUUAGGGGUUAAGAACCAUUGGUAUACUUUGUAAAACACGACACAGCUCUUUGAGAACUUUAAGUAGAUGGAGAUAACACAUCUCAAUAAUCUUUUAGUAUUAAUGAACUAUAUCACAUUAAACACUGAUUGUUUAGUGCACAAAGCAAAUAUCUAGAAUUAAACUCUCUAUGUAGACUGUUUCUUAUCGGUGUUUGUGUCCUGGACUCUUAGAGUGCCAAAUAUGUCAUGUGUACAUAGUUCCAAAAAUGAUAAGCUAGUCAAUAAAAGCUAUAGUUCUAGAUUUGAAGCUGGCAAGAUCGAGAUCAUUUGUUCCACUGCAUUCUGUGAGUUCCUAUAGGUCAACUUACAUUAAUGCAAAGAUUUGUCUACUUAGAAAUGAGAAAGACCUCUUCACAAAGUGUUUAUACAGCAUCUAGUACAGAUACAGCAAAAACCACUGAGAAAAGCAAAAAAGGAGAUUCUCUACAUCUGAAUUCAAAAUUGCGCAAUCUCUUGAGAUCCAUUAAAAACAGGAACGUAGGCAACAGAAAAUAACAUGAGUGUUUUCGUUACUCAGUAUAGAGUGAAAUGUAAAAAAAUCGAAAUUCUGAAAGACUCCUCCAGGUCCUGUCUGCAAACACUAGUUUCAAACACCUUGAUAGGAAGGAGUUAGAGUUAGUUCUAAUUUAUCUCUAAAUUGGCUUUAGAACAGUGAUACGUUCCCCCUACAAAGCAUAUCUGUAUUUUCUUUAAUUUUGUUAAUAGGAUAGAUUUUAUUUGAUCUAUAAAACAGCUAGAAACAAUUGGACAAAUGUAGCAUAUGAGUUAGAGCAAAUAUAGCAAGUAUAAUUUUAUAAUAUAGUAAUGUUAACAAUAUAUAUACACACACACACACACACACAGUAUAUAUGAUACCUUUUUCAUUGGACUAACAUAAUACUUAAAAGACAAGCUUUUGAGAGUUUUCCUCUCUUCCUCAUGUCUGAAUCAAUACUGAUCAUUGAUCAGUAUCAGUAUUAUCCCAGCUGUUAUAGGAGCACUCGGUACCCCACUCACAUUUAGAACUCAGCUGUGAUAGGAGCACUCGGUGUCCUACUCACAUUUAGAACAGCCUCGCCACUUGCCACCCCCACUCAUACUCAGACUAGCCCCGUCCCUGGCAACACCACAACUCACUCUCAGAACAGCCCUGCCCCUGGCAACACCACCACUCACGCUCAGAACAGCCUCGCCCCUUGCCAACCCCCCCACUCACAUUUAGAUCAGUAUCACCACUUAUCGCCCACCCACUCAUACUCAGACAAGCCCUGUCUUUGGCCACUCCCCCACUUAAACCCCUAAAAUUGAAGUUUCCCUCUGUGUCCAGUUGAAAUUCUGGGAGGUGUGUUACUGACAGUUUUGUAUAUGCCUGAGCUAACAUAAUGUAUUGGAGAUCAAUAACUAGCAGUCAGGACAUAUUUUAGAGCUGGGACAUGGGACAGAGGAGGUGGGUUAAGAUGCCGAAUGCAGCAAAACAUGCAUUUAUUAUGAUUUUUCUAAAUUUGUACACUAUUAAGGAUGUAAAUGAACAGCUAAUUCUGUCCCUUUAAACAACUGUGCAAGUUGUGUAAUUGUUUGAUUGACAGAUUAUACUACACAGUCUAACAGUUCAAAACCUAACUCCCUGAAAUGAAUUAGAUCCGUUUGCAAGCGGAGUAGUAGUUUAAACUCUCUAAAUCACUUUACAUCAACUAUAAUCUCAGUUCACAUUUUCAAGCGUUGAGAGUACAUAAUGAAUAUUAUAGGUUCAUUCUUUAAAUAAGGAAUUACUGCAUUUCUGUAACUCUCUUAUCCCCUCCUUACAUACUCCCAAUCUAUUUCUCCCAUUCAUAUACCUUCCACCACCACCCCUCCCCGUAUAUACUAUUGCUUCAAUAUUACCUCUAAUUCUCUUAAUUCUCUUCUUCCAGUCUCUUUUUAGUCUAUCUCCCACUUUAAUAUCUCUCCCAGUAUCGUUUCCCAUUUAAAUAUCUCCUUUUUGCUGUAAUCCCCAUUUAUAACCCCACUCAAUGUUUAUUGCUCAUGCAUAUAACCUUUUUCUUUACUUACUCCCUGUCUGUUAUAAUUUCUAGACACCUCUCUUUGGUCUCUUCCUGAAAUGACAGUAUUCCAAUCUUCCCUGAUUGUUAAAGCAUACCCCAUAGAGGUUUCUUGAGUCUCGCAUGUUUUGUUCCUAAUACUUGAAGCAAUUCCCAGAGUCUCACAUUUUUCUCCCGUCAUUAAUGAGUAAAUACAUAGAAUUUGCUUGCUAUUUUCUCUUCCAUUUAUGGGGUUAAUUCAUGGUGAUCACUUGCUACAUUGUAUUCCUGGUAGUCACUGGGUUAAUUCAUGGUGAUCACUUACUACAUUGUAUUCCUGGUAGUCACUGGGUUAAUUCAUGGUGAUCACUUACUAAAUUGUAUUCCUUGUAGUCACUGGGUUAAUUCAUGGUGAUCACUUACUACAUUGUUUUCCUGGUAGUCACUGAGUUAAUUCAUGGUGAUCACUUACUACAUUGUAUUCCUGGUAGUCACUGGGUUAAUUCAUGGUGAUCACUUACUACAUUGUAUUCCUGGUAGUCACUGGAUUAAUUCAUGGUGAUCACUUACUACAUUGUAUUCUUGGUAGUCACUGGAUUAAUUCAUGGUGAUCACUUACUACAUUGUAUUCCUGGUAGUCACUGGGUUAAUUCAUGGUGAUCACUUACUACAUUGUAUUCCUGGUAGUCACUGGGUUAAUUCAUGGUGAUCACUUACUAAAUUGUAUUCCUUGUAGUCACUGGGUUAAUUCAUGGUGAUCACUUACUACAUUGUAUUCCUGAUAGUCAGUGGGUUAAUUCAUGGUGAUCACUUGCUACAUUGUUUUCCUGGUAGUCACUGGUUCAUUCAUGAUGAUCACUUACUACAUUGUAUUCCUGGUAGUCACUGGGUUAAUUUAUGGCAAUCACUUACUACAUUGUAUUCCUGGUAGUCACUGGGUUCAUUCAUGGCGAUUACUUUCUACAUUGAAUUCCUGGUAGUCACUGGGUUCAUUCAUAGCGAUCACUUAUUACAUUGUAUUCCUGGUAGCCACUGGGUUAAUUCAUGGUGAUCACAUGCUACAUUAUAUUCUUUGUAGUCACUGGGAUAAUUUAUGGUGAUCACUUGCUACACUGUAUUCCUGGUAGUCACUGGGUUAAUUCAUGGUGCUCACUUGCUACACUGUAUUCCUGGUAGUUACUGCGUUAAUUCAUGGUGAUCACUUACUACAUUGUAUUCCUUGUAGUCACUGGUUAAUUCAUCGUAAUCACUUACUACACUGUAUUCCUUGUAGUCACUGGGUUAAUUCAUGGUGAUCACUUACUAAAUGGUAUUCCUUCUAGUCACUGGGUUAAUUCAUGGUAAUCACUUACUACACUGUAUUCCUGGUAGUCACGUGGGUUAAUUCAUGUUGAUCACUUACUACAUUGUAUUCCAUGUAGUCACUGGGUUAAUUCAUGGUGAUCAUCACUUGCUACACUGUAUUCCUUGUAGUCACUGGGUUAAUUCAUGGUGAUCACUUACUACAUUGUAUUCCUGGUAGUCACUGGGUUAAUUCAUGGUGAUCACUUACUACAAUGUAUUCCUUGUAGUCACUGGGUUAAUUAAUGGUGAUCACUUACUACAUUGUAUUCCUGGUAGUCACUGGGUUAAUUCAUGGUGAUCACUUACUACAUUGUAUUCCUUGUAGUCACUGGGUUAAUUCAUGGUGAUAACUUACUACAUUGUAUUCCUGGUAGUCACUGGGUUCAUUCAUGGUGAUCACUUACUACAUUGUAUUCCUGGUAGUCACUGGGUUAAUUCAUGGUGAUCACUUACUACAUUGUAUUCCUGGUAGUCACUGGGUUCAUUCAUGGUGAUCACUUACUACAUUGUAUUCCUGGUAGUCACUGGGUUAAUUCAUGGUGAUCACUUACUACAUUGUAUUCCUUGUAGUCACUGGGAUAAUUCAUGGUGAUCACUUACUACAUUGUAUUCCUUGUAGUCACUGGGUUAAUUCAUGGUGAUAACUUACUACAUUGUAUUCCUGGUAGUCACUGGGUUCAUUCAUGGUGAUCACUUACUACAUUGUAUUCCUGGUAGUCACUGGGUUCAUUCAUGGUGAUCACUUACUACAUUGUAUUCCUGGUAGUCACUGGGUUCAUUCAUGGUGAUCACUUACUAAAUUGUAUUCCUUGUAGUCACUGGGUUAAUUCAUGGUGAUCACUUACUACAUUGUUUUCCUGGUAGUCGGGUUCUCUGCACCUGAAUUACAUUUUAGCCAUUAUUAUACUAAGACAUGUUUUUAUUUAUAUUAAACAAUGCUCAGCUCAAAUUUCACAUAUCCACUAUGACCCACUGCUUUGCUAAAUCUGCCAUAACACAGAGCUGGAGUUUUAUUUCAAUUUUCCGGUGUGGAAAAUCGUUUCACAUUAAACCAUUAGACAUUUGUUUUUCUUUAAGAUUUCUCUGUCUGGAAAAGUUUUUUUUCAUGGGAAAGACACAGAAGAUCUACUUUAUGACAGCUGAUUGACCACAGUUUUAUGUACAUCCUGUGAAAUUUCCUUUAAUAUUCCCAAAUAGCAUGUGUCUCGAUGUGAAAACAGCAUGCACUGACACUGAGAGGCACAUCACACAAAUACAAAGUUUACAUUGCAAAAUACUGCUACAUAUCCAUCGCCCGCUGACAGAGAAAAUCAAAUCUUUUUUUUAGUAAAUGUCGCACUAUACUUACAAAUAAACAGUCAGCAAUGCUGAGCAUAACAUUGCUGAUUAUGUCUUCUUUUGUUAAAGGGUUACUCCAACCCUUUUUGUGUGCCCUCAGAAAGCGAAAAUGGAACGUUUGAGAGAUUAGAGGCAGUACAGAGAUGGUUGCGGAGAAUAGUGUUUCCCCCUGUAUGAGUAGAUGAGUUAGAGCAAGCAUGUCAAACGCAAAGGCUAACAUGGGCCAAAUAAACAAGGUUUACGUUUAUGUGGGCCACAGAAAAAAAAAAUCAGUUUUCAUAGAAACGUAGGUUUAUUUAGGAAAGUACAGUAUUAAAAAAGCCUAACACUGGAUGUGCAUUUGCAUUUAACUGAUGUUUCGGUCAGGCUACCUUGACAUAUUAAGAAAAGUUUGGUAAUGGGAUUUUAUAGGUGAAUGUAUGCUGUUGCACAGCUGUAAAAAACAAAUUACGUUAUCUUGAGUUACUUUCUAUGAGUGUGUUCUUCACUUUGGCUGAGAUCAUCAAACUUGAUGAUCUCAACCAAUCCAAUGCUUUCCAGUAGGAAAGCAUUGGGAGGCUAUUGUGCAUGUGUGGCAAAAAGCUGUGCGGCCAGUCAGCAUCUCCAUGGGAAGCGUACAGCAUAUUCCCCUAAAUAAAAUGAUAUAUAAUAAGUGUGGGUGCACAUAAUAUGAAAGAGGCAAAUUACGCCUGAACAGACAUAUAGCGCAAAUUAAAGUUUUUGUUUACGUUUUGUUUUGAUCACAACGUGUACAUUUGGCUCAGUCCUUGAGGGGUUAAAAUGUCUCUAUUGAUGUUUAGUUUCGCAAAGCAGUCUGUUAAAACUCACAUUGGAUAGAAACAAAGAAGAUAAUCUACAGACACCGUACAGGUAUUCCUGCUCCCUCCAUUAUAUUCUAAUACUCCUUCCAAUUAAAUCCCCAUACUACAGGUAUCCCUAAUCACUCCAUUAUAUCCCCAUACUACAGGUAUCCCUGCUCCUUCCAUUAUAUCCCCAUACUACAGGUAUCCCUAAUCAUUCCAUUAUAUCCCCAUACUACAGGUAUCCAUCUCCAUCUCCAUUAAUUAUAUCCUCAUACUACAGGUAUCCCUGCUCCCUCAAUUAUAUCCCCAUACUACAGGUAUCCAUCUCCUUCCAAUUAUAUCCCCAUUCUACAGGAAUCCCUGCUCUCUCAAUUCUAUUCCCAUACUAAAGGUAUCCCUCUCCUUCCAAUUAAAUCCCCAUACUACAGGAAUCCCUGCUCUCUCAAUUCUAUUCACAUACUACAGGAAUCCAUGCUCUCUCAAUUCUAUUCCCAUACUACAGGAAUCCCUGCUCUCUCAAUUCUAUUCCCAUACUAAAGGUAUCCAUCUCCUUCCAAUUAUAUCCCCAUACUACAGGUAUCCCUGCUCCCUCAAUUAUAUCCCCAUACUAGAGGUAUCCCUGCUCCCUCAAUUAUAUCCCCAUACUACAGGUAUCUCUGCUCCCUCAAUUAUAUCCCCAUACUACAGAUAUCCCUGCUCCCUCAAUUAUAUCCCCAUACUACAGGUAUCCAUCUCCUUCCAAUUAUAUCCCCAUACUACAGGUAUCCCUGCUCCCUCAAUUAUAUCCCCAUACUACAGGUAUCCCUCUCCCUCCAUUAUAUCCCAAUACUACAGGUAUCCCUGCUCCCUCAAUUAUAUCCCCAUACUACAGGUAUCCGUCUCCCUCCAUUAUAUCCCCAUACUACAGAUAUCCCUGUUCCUUCCAUUAUAUCCCCAUACUACAGGUAUCCCUGCUCCCUCAAUUAUAUCCCCAUACUACAGGUAUCCCUGCUCCUUCCAUUAUAUCACCAUACUACAGGUAUCUCUGCUCCUUCCAUUAUAUUCCCAUACUACAGGUAUCCCUGCUCCCUCCAUUAUAUCCCCAUACUACAGGUAUCCCUGUUCCCUCAAUUAUAUCCCCAUACUACAGGUAUCCCUGCUCCCUCAAUUAUAUCCCCGUACUACAGGUAUCCCUGCUCCCUGCAUUAUAUCCCCAUACUACAGGUAUCCCUGCUCCCUCCAUUAUAUCCCCAUACUACAGGUAUCCCUGCUCCCUCAAUUAUAUCCCCAUACUACAGGUAUCCCUGCUCCCUCAAUUAUAUCCCCGUACUACAGGUAUCCCUGCUCCCUCCAUUAUAUCCCCAUACUACAGGUAUCCCUGCUCCCUCCAUUAUAUCCCCGUACUACAGGUAUCCCUGUUCCUUCCAUUAUAUCCCCAUACUACAGGUAUCUCUCUCCUUCCAUUAUAUCACCAUACUACAGCUAUCCCUGCUCCUUCAUUGUUUCCCAAUACUCUAGUAUCCCUGCUCCCUGUUUACAUCCCCAUACUACAGGUAUUUCUGCUCCAUUCAUUAUAUCUCCAUACUACAGGUAUCCCUGCUCCUUCAUUGUAUCCCAAUACUACAGGUAUCCCUGCUCCCUCCAUUAUAUCCCCAUACUACAUGUAUCCCUGCUCCCUCCAUUAUAUCCCCAUACUACAGGUAUCCCUGCUCCCUCAAUUAUAUCCCCGUACUACAGGUAUCCCUGUUCCUUCCAUUAUAUCCCCAUACUACAGGUAUCUCUCUCCUUCCAUUAUAUCACCAUACUACAGCUAUCCCUGCUCCUUCAUUGUUUCCCAAUACUCUAGUAUCCCUGCUCCCUGUUUACAUCCCCAUACUACAGGUAUUUCUGCUCCAUUCAUUAUAUCUCCAUACUACAGGAAUCCCUGCUCCCUCCAUUAUAUCCCCAUACUACAGGUAUCCCUGCUCCCUCCAUUAUAUCCCUGUACUACAGGUACCCCUCUCCUUCCAUUAUAUCACCAUACUACAGGUAUCUCUCUCCUUCCAUUAUAUCCCAAUACUACAGGAAUCCCUCUCCUUCCAUUAUAUCACCAUACUACAGGAAUCCCUCUCCUUCCAUUAUAUCACCAUACUACAGGAAUCCCUCUCCUUCCAUUAUAUCACCAUACUACAGGUAUUCCUCUCCUUCCAUUAUAUCCCCAUAUAUCAGGUAUCCUUUCUCCCUCCAUUAUAUCCCGAUACUAGAAGUAUCCCUACUAAGUAUCGCUGUAACUUGGCUGGGGUCUUUCUGGAGCUCUUCCACCCGACCAGGCUGCAGCACUCCUUCCAGGCAGGUAUCAUCCUCUCUGCCCAUUCCGCUGUAGCCCUUUUUCCAGUCAUGCAUCGUCCCCUUGGCAUAUUCCACUGCAGUGAUUUUAAUUGCCUUUACAAAGGCACUUUUGAACCCUCAUGCCUAGUUCUUGGUUAAUCCCAGGGCUAUAGUGAUUGUGCAACCAACCAACAGGUCAAAAGACUCUGUUAAUGGGAUCCCUACAAAUCCACACAGGACACAGCUCCUAAAGGAACUAACAUGCAAUACUUUAACGCGUUACUCUUAGAUUGCUGUGACAUCUUUAAUAAAAUACAAACAAUUAAGUUACAUCAGACAACAUACAGGGAAUUAUAAUAACAUAACAUAUUCAUAAAGGGGUGGGGAAGACAAUAUGUAACACAAAUAUCUCUUAUAAAUGCAGAAUUAGCAAUAUGCAAAUUAACUGAAUAAGCAAGUUAGCAAGCCUUGCUAUUCAGGUAAUGCAUUUAGCUGUUGCUAGGUCCUUGCAACCAACAGGUGGUGCUGUACCGGCUUUCCAGUCAAAUGCACCUAGUUGAUUGCAAGCAUUAGCAAGACAGGAGAGCACAUUAUCAUUUCACCACAACCAAUCACAUUACACACACCCUGCACCCACAAUGGUCACAGAGUGACUUAAACAUAAAAGUCAUUCAGAAACCUAAUUGGAUUGUUCAUCUUAAGCUCCAGGUGAUAAUGACAAUCGUCACAUACGUCAUGGUGAAUUUUUCAUGUGAAGCAUUUUGAGAUAGUGUGAGGCACUCCAGUGCCACGACAUACUGGUUGAAAACAGUCGGUUUUGUUGUUCACCAUAUUUAGUGUUACCCUUCAACCCAAAGCAAAACUAGGGGUGACAUAAGGGUUGGGGCCAUUAUUUGGCCCUACCCAUUUUUUUAAAAUGAUUCAUUAAAGGGACACUGUAGGCACUGUAUCUGCUUCAUCACAUUAAACUGGUUAUAGUGUAUGGAGUACCCUGGUGCCAUCAUUUCUUUCAGCAUUAAACAGUUUUUAAUGUUGUAAUGUUUUAAUACUAAACAAGAGACCACAGCAGUCCAUCCCCUCUGUGCUGCUUUGGCUAAUAAGGAAGUAUUACCCUGAGCAGCAAUGGGCAGCUGUGAUUGGCUGAGAGUGUCAGCUGACUGCUUUUAACCUGUCAGAGCUCCAACUGACGGUAUGAAUGGGUAUGACAACAAGGAAGUAUGUAAUCUCUUCCUUAGCUACACAUACAGAAGGGGCCAGACUGUGGGUGGCCAGUGACUCUUAUUUUGUGGCAUACUGCACAAACGUGGUGCAACACUGAAUGGAGGGACAGUGCCAGGGCACUCCAGGCACUAUAACCAAUUCAAAGAGACAAAGUCGUUAUAGUGACCACAGUGUCCCUUUAACUGCCUCCUUGCUGACAUCAACAGAAUUUAUGAUUUUUAGCCAAUACAAUGCUUUUCCAUAGGGAAAGCAUUGGAUUAGCUGAAAUCGUCAUGGAGGUGGCGGGGACAAAUUCUGGCUUGGCCAAUCAGCAUCUCUUCAUAGAGAUGCAUUGAAUUAAUGCAUAUCUGUGAGAAAAAAAUUCAGCUUCCAGUUAUAUAUUAAUAUAUAACUAAAACUAUACCAAAACUAUAACCACCUAAUAGGUCCAUCACCGUUUAAAAAAAAUGACAAGAAAUUAGAUAAUGCCAAAAGAGUUAAUCAGACAAUGUUACCGCUCGAAAGGAAAGUCAGGAGAAGCUAAAACUGUUUCUGCAGAUGGCUUAGUAUCACUAAUGGUGGGUUCUGCCAAUUUUUAAAUUAGCAUUUAUUAAAUUUUAUGGUUUCUAAGUAUUUCUGCUCCUAGAGAAUUCACAGUUUAAAAGAGGAUUAAAUCAACAAUUCACUAAUUUAAUCAUGAGCCACACAAGGUUCUAACUUGCCUGUGUACCUCCAGGCAGACAUAUUUGACAGUCUUCAGGGACAAGCUCAACCAAACGUGGGGUUUUCCAAAACUGGCAUUUUAUAUACAAACUUCAUGAAUAUUACACAUAGCCUUCAUCAUUAACCAGGGGUCUUUAGCAAAAAUACCCUUAAGAGCAUUCUGUUCAUCCCUCACUAAGGGACUGUGUUGGGUAUCUCAGCCUCUUGUUAGGAUUUGUAUCUACUCCCCACACCACAGUGGUGGAAUAGGACAAGUACCCAGCUAUUUGUGACCCUUCACUAUGUUUCUUUUGUACUUUCUCUGUGCCAGCUAGUUAAUUGUUCACAAACUAGUUCCCAAAGACUAUAAUGGUCUAGCAAUAAUAGAUUUUGCAAUUCAGUUCCAAUAUAAAUAUUGAUAACAAUUCGGACCCCUGAAAUUCUUUGAGAAGCCAGUUUGUUUGCCAACUUCUUCUAAAUUGGUAAUGAUAAUGUAAUAAUGCAGAUCCUAUAAUUUUUUUUUUAAGGAAGACUAUGAUUCAUAAAAAGAAAAUGUAUAGCACUUAUUCGACAAAUGUUUUGGUCCACUAGCUGGUAUUCUGCACGAUUGCUUCGCUGGCAACCUCCAAUUUGACUUGGAUGACAGGGAGGGAUGGGACAGUCUUGAUGGAGUUUUGAUCUGCUUAAUGUUUUACCUUUUCAUUUUUAUGAGUGUAAUUACAUUAUAUUAGUAAAAAUAAAAAAAAACAACAACAGACGUUAGGAUACUACAGUAUCACAAUAAAAUAAAUACAAUUUAGAAAAACAGUAAGAAAUAAUUCACUUCUGUGCAGCUAGCUCUAAAACCCUUUCAGUGAUAAAUAUAUAUACAGAUAAUCCAAAACAUAAUAAACGCAAUCCAUAAUGGUAUGUGCCCCUCAGUGCUACCAUUUUAAUUAAAGGGACACUAUAGUCACCAGAACAACUACAGCUUAUUGAAUUUGUUCUGGUGAGUAGAAUCAUGACCUUCAGGCUUUUUGCUGUAAACACUGUCUUUUCAGAGAAAAUGCAGUGUUUACAUUACAGCCUAGUGAUAACUUCACUGGCCACUCCUCAGAUGGCUGUUAGAGAUCCUUCCUGGGUCAUGGCUGCCUAAAAUGCAUCCAAACAUUCAGUGUCUCCUCCCUCUGCAUGCAGACACUGAACUUUCCUAAUAGAGAUUCAUUGAUUCAAUUCAUCUCUAUGAGGAGAUGCUGAUUGGCCAGGGCUGUGUUUGAAUCAUGCUGGCUCUGCCCCUGAUCUGCCUCUUUGUCAGUCUCAGCCAAUCCUACGGGGAAGCAUUGUGAUUGGAUCAGGCUACCACUUCUGAUUAUGUCAGCAGGCAGUGGGCAGGUCUAAAGGAAACAGGGACAAAAUAAGCAGAUGCAGACUUGAAUACAAGUAAGAUUGUAUAUCUACAUAUCUAUAUGUAGGGAGGCAUGAGGGGACCAGGGUGGCUAGAUGGUGGUUUUAACCCUAUUGGGUCAGGAAUACAUGUUUGUGUUUCUGACCCUAUAGUGCUCCUUUAAGGAUCUACAAAUAAAACAAUGUUUUGGUAUAGAGUAACCCUUUUCUCAAUGUACAAUACCCUUCUGUAUACAUAUUAUUAAAUGGAGUCAGACAUAUCAUACUUAAUCUUAAUUGUGUAAUGGAGAAUAUGGAAUAUGGAAUAUGGAUUUGCUUACAGCAGUGUGAUUUUAAUGGUAUAGUUAGCACAGUUAGAGGAGGUUAAUGAAGAGAAAAGUUAACCUUACUCUGCCAUAGCCAGUGUUGCACAUUUAUAGAACUUGCAUGCAGGUUAACAAGAGAUGUAAAAGUAGUUCUGUACACUCCUUCUGAUAAAUAUAUUAUCUCAUCAUAGAACAUUCUUAAAAACCCUUAGGCUUCAAAGUGCUUAAUCGCAGAGUUUUAAAAUCUGGAACAACCGGCUAGGAGCCAAAUACCUGGCAGGGAUCCUGAGACAGACGCCAAGAGUCCUGUGCCUUAUCAUCUUUGGAACAGAACAUUGUCAAAGCAAAUCUCCAGAUACAAGCUCACUUUACAAGCAGAACGAAUUAAGCUGCAGCUGUGAUGCGUAUCAUACGGUUAAACAAUCAAUUUGUAUUUAUUUUUUAUAAAUGUAAAAUUACUUUUACAAUUCAAAAUAUAGACCAAUUACAAUGAUUUUUUUUUUAAUCUUUUUUUUUUUUUGUGAGCCAAAUAUAAAAUAAUAUAUAUUGCCUAAUUUUUUUCUUGCAUUUGUAGAAGCAGUUAAUAAAAGAUAAGCCAGGCUCUCUAAAAGUGCUAAAGGCAAUGAGUGACUAUAAGGACAGGUAAACUCUGUAUUUUACAACCACACAAGGCAGCUGAGUAAAGGUGAUACAUUUAUUUGUCUUGUGAUAUCUUUUUUUUCUUUUGAAGAGCAACUGUUCCAUCUGAGAUUUAAUUACAUCCCAAAGCUGAAAGUUAAGGUCAUCUAUAGGAUGUGUCCACCCCAAAUAAAUAAAUCCAGUUACGCAGCGUACAUGGAAAUGUCAUAGGCAUCUACUGUAAGCAGGUAUGUGACUUCCUUCAGUGGGGGAGAGAGUUAAAAAUUAUUAUUUGUCUGCACUAAAACCAAAAUAAUGAUUAAAAAAAAAAAAACCUCUUCACGCUGCCCACGUUUAUCUCUAGUAUCAAAAGCUUCCACUACCAAGGCAAUUUAUAAAUAGGUGAUUAUCAUACCACAUCAAUUUUUGAAACCCUCAAAGUAUCUAUCUCUGGGUUAUUUUUAAUGGGUUUUUUUAUUCUGGUUCCUGACUUUUGUCAGUUUGCAUAUCAACAGGGCCCAAGGUCUGCUGAGCAGAACAACCAAAAGGUGGGCAGACAAGAGGUCUAGGGAAAAAAAAACACGAGAAGGACACAACUGGAUGUUUGGCUUAAAGGACCACUCUAGGCACCCAGACCACUUCAGCUUAAUGAAGUGGUCUGGGUGCCAGGUCCAGCUAGGGUUAACCAAUUUUUUUUAUAAGCAUAGCAGUUUCAGAGAAACUGCUAUGUUUAUGAAUGGGUUAAGCCUUCCCCCAAAUCCUCUAGUGGCUGUCUCAUUGACAGCCGCUAGAGGCGCUUGCGUGAUUCUCACUGUGAAAAUAAUGCUUUCCUAUGCGACCGGCUAAAUGCGCGCGCAGCUCUUGCCGCGCGUGUGCAUUCAGCCGACGGGGAGGAACGGAGGAGGAUUGGAGGCAGAGAGCUCCCCGCCCAGCGCUGGAAAAAGAUAAGUUUUACCCCUUUUCCCCUUUCCAGAGCCGGGCGGGAGGGGGACCCUGAGGGUGGGGGCACCCUCAGGGCACUAUAGUGCCAGGAAAACGAGUAUGUUUUCCUGGCACUAUAGUGGUCCUUUAAGAGGAAGGAAGCUAAUUUGCAAACUGUUUCCUGAGAUCUGAGAAAUGGCAGAUUUAUGUAGAAGCCAAAUUAACCAUUCCAAUGCUGUAAUCAUACAUGUGAACAUCAUAAUGGGGAUAGCAUGCAUAUUAGUUUAAUAACAUUAAAUGGCACAGAAAUAACUCUUUUAUUUUAGGGGAUAUGGCUAAUACAGGAGCCUGGAAGACCCAUUUUUAGACAUUUUAGUUAACUUUAUGGUAGAGGAAUGUGGACCCAAAAUAGAGACUGUCUUCCUAAACAAGGGCACUUUGGAGGUAUGGAAGCCUUCUUGAAAUUAUAUUUUUUUCCCAGCAUUAAGCAAAGAAGCUGUUAAAAUAACAGUUUAUCUUUAACUAUUUGUAGCUCAACUAAAAAUGUUAUAAAAAUCCACACGUAAAGUCUGACUCAAAGGUAGUUUUAUUUUUCAACUCUGAAUUCAGUGAUCAUUCCUUUUAAAAAAGAGAUUAAAUGCUGCGGUAUCUGUCUGGAAAAAAGCUAUGGGAACAAUUUUGCAAAUCAGCAUUUUAAUACUUUUCCCCCAUUCUUUCUAAAUGUUGUUUCCAGUCUUCACAUCUUAAGAUUUUUUUUUGCUGCAGUUACAUAAAAUGCAAUUCCAUGAAACCUCUGAGAAAAAAUAUAAAAAAUAGGUUAUUUACAAUGCUAAAUAGUAUUAUCUUAGUUCUGCGACCGUUAGCUUAAAACUCUAUAGUGUCAGCACGACCAUCUAGCCCCCCUGGGCCCCUCAUGCCUCCAUAAAUAUAGUAAAAAUCUUACUGUAUUCAAGCCUGAAGCUGUAACUCUGCAUGCUUUUAGACUCAGAAAAACAAGCUGUCUGCUGACAUCAGCAGAAGUGGUAGCCUGAUCCAAUCACAAUACUUCCCCAUAGGAUUGGCUGAGACUGACAAAGAGGCAGAUCAGGGGCAGAGCCAGCACAAUUCAAACACAGCCCUGGCCAAUCAGCAUCUCCUCAUAGAGAUUAAUUGAAUCAAUGAAUCUCUAUGAGGAAAGUUCAGUGUCUGCAUUCAGAGGGAGGAGAUACUGAAUCACACAGGAUACUGUGCACAGUGCUGCCCUGUGCUCUGCUGACAGCAGAUCUGAGUGGAUGGAGGCAUAUUAUUAUUAUGGGUAUGGCACUCAGUGACGACGUUCCGUCACAAAUUUCAUUAAAUGUUUUUUUCUUUAAAGAAGAAUCAACAAAUUCCAAAUAAUUUGCAAAUAAUAGAAACAAUGGCAAAAAUAAAUACAUUAUAAAGUGCAAUUUAUCGAUAUUGAAAUGAAAACUAAAUGUGAACAUUUUUUUUUCAGCUUUUGGUGAGAAGGUUUUUUUGUCACAUUGUGGAGUAGUGAAGGUGUUAUUCUAGAUUCAUUCUAGACAUAUAUAUAUAUGUGGACUAGGUAGAAUGGGAGGAAUUGUCAUUGAAUAAAAGAGACACUCUAGGCAACAAAGCUACAUUAGCAAGCUAACACAGUUUUGAGUACAAUUUUCCGAACGGCAGAGAACUGAGCAACGAGACUGCAGGGGUGUGAUCUAUAUACCUAAAUCACUUCAUUAGGCUAAAGUUGUUUUGGUGCAUAGAGUGUCCCAUCAAUAAAAAGCAGAAUGUUCCCUUUAGUCUUUAGAGUCUGGAUUUUAUUAUGCGAAAUAUACUGAACCAUACAAUAUAUUAAUAACACAUGGUAUUUUCUCACUUCUGGCUGAAUAUUUAAAUGUAUUAGAAAUAAAAGUGCUAUAUAGAUAUUCACCCCCCCUUUUUCACUACCUUUUUAGAUUUCCAUUAUGAAUUAACUUUUUCCUAGAAUGUCUGUCACACUAAACUUAAUCCUUUAUUGGAUUGAACGUAUAAGAUUUAUUGAAUUAAAUGAAAUAUACUUGCAGGCCAAAGAUUACACCAACAAAUGUGACAAACUGCCUCGUUUCUCUGCUAAACGAACCGCUGAAGAUUUGUAUACAGGCAUCUUUAAAUGGCAAGACGCACUUAAUAUUUCAAGCCAGUUUGUUGUACGGUGCAGUAUAGCAUCCACAUUGUUUUGAAGAUUGUAAAAUGUGUGGGUUUAUUUAAAUCUGCACUAUUUAGUAGCAUGGCAUUUUUAAAGUGAUAUUGUGUCACUGACAGUCAGAAUUCUGAACAUUGAGUUACUUGUCAAUGAUUUGAGCAGUCUCUGUCUCUCCGUAGCUCUAUAUACCUGUGGGAGUGUGUGUGUGUCUGUAUCACUCUUUACCAAGUGUAUGUGUUUUAUGUUUUUUCUUUCAGUGUCUGUCUGUGUGAAAUGUUUUAGGUUCUGUUAGUCUAUCACAUUUUAUUGGGCGUUUGUCUCCUUAUCUAGACAAAAACCUGUCAAUUUCUACCUCAAAAAAAUGGAAGAAAACAGUAACGGACUGGUCAACAGUUUUUACAGAGAGAUUGCAGAUGUCUCUAUUGGAAUUUCAAAUGUCAGUUUUACAUAACUCCCAAAUGGAACUGAAUAGAACACUCAAUGUUUAACUGGAACUGCAUGGUUCUAUUUUAAUCAUCUACUAUGAGCAUUGAGGAUGCAAUCUUCUAAAUCUAGAUCUGGCUGUGCAUGACAAAUGUAUGGAUGAUUUGCAAAUGUAAUGUGGAGAUAACGUUUCUCUGAUGAAAUGUUGAAUGCCACUUGAGAGCAGGAUUAUGUAAAGUUGCUCAAGUUAUCACAGCCUAUUCAUUUUGUUUGAUUAAGUUGUACCAUUUAUACAGUUUAAAUGGCUGCAAAGUACAAGAAUGUAGAAGAUCCUGGAAUAAAUGUUAGAUAGUGAAUUAAAUUAAGUUCAAUGUUCAUAAAAAAAAACAAAACAAAAAAAACUAUACUUGGCUUUGAGAUCAAAUUUAUUUUUUAUAGCAAAAUAAAUGCUUAAUUGGUUGAGUCAAUUCAAUGUGUUCUCUACUGAAUCUAACUGUUAUGAUUUAAGCUUUAGACAUCGAUUUUUCUUAAAUUAGAGCCAACUCUGGAAACAAUGUAGACCUUAUAAAAAUGCAAUGUUUCUUCUUUUUUUAAGGUGGAGCAAAAUGAGGAUGGCGAUCAAAAAAUUGAACAAGAUGCAAACAAGCCAGAGGAUAAAGCCCACAAGGCAGCCACUAAAAUCCAGGCUAGCUUCCGUGGACAUAUAAUCAGGAAAAAACUGAAGGGAGACAAGAAGGGAGAUGAGAACCCUGGAGAGGCUGUAGAGAACCAUAAAGAAGAUGCCAAGAAAGAUGUGGGCAAAACAGAGAAUGAAGCUCCUAAAAUAGAGGAACCGUCCAGUGAUGGGCCUUUGUCUGAAGACAACAAGAAAAAAGUUGAAAGUUCUGAAGAUAAAAAGGAGGCUGCCAAAAACACAGAUACGUCCCAGAAAACCCCUUCGGAAGAGAAAAAUGCCUCAGUGGAGACAGAGAGUACAACAAAAGAUAAUACGGAGAAUUCCUCGGGCAACGAUGCAAACAAAGCAAAGGAUGAAUCCAAACAAGCCGAUGUGCCUGCUAGUACCCAGGAAGCUGCCCCGUCAAAAGACCAACCCAAGCAGGAGACAGCAGAUAGUAGUCAAGUGGAAGAAAAGAAAGGAGGUAUGUAGAUAUAUAGAUACAUUUAAAUGGAAGUAUUUGUUUGUUUGGUGAAAAAAAAAACAAUGGUAUUGUCUUCUUCGAAUAAUCCAAGCAAUGUCAGAUAAACACAAAACAACUCAACAUCGGGACUCAACAGAACAAAUGAAAAAGUAAACAAGAUGCUAUUGAUUGUGGUAUAUUCUUAUAAUUACUAAUCAAUGGACCAGGUGCAUCUUUCAGUGGCAUAAUAGUGUUCUUAAUUUCUAUACAUGCAAUCAUUUAUUUAAUUUAUGACUAGCUGGUGUCGAUGUCAGUGCCAGGUGGCUUAGGCUAUAUUCUAGAAGACGGGCCUCUAACACUCAUAAGUCAUAAAGAAGGCUUAGAAAACAAAUGAUCUAUCAUCAUCUAUAACCUACAGGACCAUUUGCAAAGCUUUUUUCUCUAUGAUUCCUAAACCUAAAUGUGUUAAAAAAAAUAAAUCAUUAUUUGUUAAAGUGAGAAAUGUUACUGUACAGUUAUAUCUGACAGAUUGGAAGAGGAGAAUCAAAUACUCUUUAUAAACAAUACAAUAUUUGCACGUUCAUGGUGCAAAAUUAUGAAUACACUUGCCACUUUUUCUUAAUUUAAAAAAAAUAUCACAUUGUAUUUUACUUCACCUUUUACUUCUUUUUCGUUUUUCAAGGUAAAACAGUUUUACAGAAAGAAAGGUUUGUUAGUAAAAUAAUAACGGUGUGGUAAAACAUUGGGUUGUGAAAAUUUGGCACAUUUCAUUCAUGAAUUGUUCUCAUGUCUAUACCAUUUAGUCGUGGUCCGACUUUGGUUGAAGAUCCCGUGGUCGGCAUAGGUGUUAGCGUCAUUUAUUGCCGGCCCCCUUAAGGGGGGGGUGGAUCUAACUGGGGCGCCAUGCCCUGGGUUGGGUACUAAGUCAGUUUUGCUUAAUCAUUGGUGGCAGUCUGUGGUAUAGUUUGUGGGUCAGUUGUGCCAGAGGGGUAAUUAGGGGGUGUGUUGUGGGCGAUUGUUCAGUGGAGGUGCAACCGCCUUGGGUGGGAUUGUUGGGUUAGUUUGAGUUGGCAGAGCCUGUCCUGUUUUGUUUCAAUAAUACGAGGAGGGGGAGGAAGGGAUUGGGGACGAGGGUGGUUUGGGCUGGGGGGUGUAGCAUGUGGUUGUCGUUGUUGUGGUGAGCUCUAACUUGAUGGUGGAGGUGUGGCUCUUGGGUUGUUGUGGUUUCACCACGGGAUGGUGGUGUGGCCCUCUAGCCAUGAGUCCCAUAUUUUAUGAAAUGAGUUUGGGGUAUCAUGUAUUUGUGCUUUUAGUUUGUCCAUGUCUAUGCUAUCUGUUAUUUUAUGGUAAAUUUGAUUUUGAGUCGGUGUGUGUGCGGUUGACCAAACUCUGCGGCUGGCCAAGGCUAUUCUAGCUAUGAGUUUAUUUUCGUUGCGGGUGAAAGGGUCGAUGGGUUUUGAGAGUAGGAGAGCCCAGGGGUCUAGGGGUACUGGUCUGUUGAGUAUUCUGGUUAAGAGGUUUAUUAUGGAUUUCCACAGGGGGAUGAGUUUGGGGCAGGUCCACCAGCAGCGGAGAAAUGUGCCGGUUUCACCGCACAGUUUCCAGCAGAGGUUUGAGGGAAUACGUUUCAUCGCCAUAAGGCAUUGGGGUGUGAGGUACCACCGGAAAAGCAUUUUAUAGGCUUGUUCCUUGUGGGUAAUGCAGCUUGAGAUUGAUUUGGUGGCCAUCCAGAUGUCAGCCCAGUCUGUGGGGUCCUCUGGGGUUCCCAUGUCCCUUUCCCAUGCUGAGAUGUACGGUAGUGCUACCUGGGAGUGGUGGGUUGUCAAUGUUAUAUACAGGUCAGAUAUUUGGCUCUUUCAGGUGGUGAGCGGAGGUUGUCCCACUCGAAUUCGGUUAGGGCUGAUGGCUGCUAAUCGGAUAGCGUCUGUUGCUGCGAAGCUGUGGAGUUGUAGGAAUCUGAAGUGGUUGAAUGUAGUUAAGGAGUCAUCGUUAGGAAUGUCUGUAUGUUGCAAAAGUUUGCCAUUGGGAUAGAGGUGUCCCAGUCUGGCUAUCUCCUUCUCUUCAAAGUGAGCGUAAUGUUGUGGAGUUAAGCCUGGUGGGAACAUUUUGUUGCGGAGAAUUGGGGUGAGGGGUGAUAAGCCUGUGUACAGGUCGAAUUUGUCGCUGAGUCGGUCCCAGAGGUCCAGCGACUAGGUGAUUGCUGGGGAGGUGGCGGGUGGCAGUGGUCUGUGUUGUUUUUGGAGCCACAUAUAUUGUGAGGGGUGGUCUCGUCUGAAGAUGAGGUGUUCAAGAUCUACCCACCGCUUGUGGGUUGGGGAGAGGUGCCAGUGUUGGAUUUGCGCUAGGUGCGCUGCUUGUUGGUAGUGUGUGAGGUUGGGAAGGCCUAAUCCUCCUGAAGGUUUGGGGACAUACAGAUUAGAUUGGCGGAUUAAGGGUUUAAGUCCAUUCCAGAUAAAGUGGUCUUUUGCCGUUUGUAAGAGUUUGAGGUCGGUCUUCUUACAUGGGAUGGGUAGUGCUUGGAAAGCAUAUAGGAAUUUGGGUAGGAGAUUAAUUUUUACAGAGGCUAUUCUCCCCACCCAUGAUAUGUUCAUGGGUUUCCAACGCUGAAGGUCUGCGUGUGCUUUACGGAAGAGGGGGAGAUAGUUAGUAGUGUAUAGGGUGUUGGUGUCAUUGGUGAGUUGAAUGCCAAGGUAGGUGAUUGUCGUUGGGCAGAUGCGGAAAGGAAACUUGCGUUUCAGGGCGUUAAGAGUGGCUUCGGUAAGUUUGAGGGGCAGUAGGUCUGAUUUGGUGGCGAUAAGUUGGUAACCCGAGAUUGUUGAAUAUUCCUGUAAAGUUGACAGAAGGGCUGAGUCGGGGUUAGUCAGGGUCAAGAGAACAUCAUCUGCAUAUGCUGCGAUUGUGUAUGUUUCGUCUCUGAUGUGGAGUCCCUCAAUUUGCGGGUUGUUUCUUAUGGUGUCUAGUAGGGGUUCGAAGGACAAGGCGAAUAGGAGUGGGGAAAGGGGACAUCCUUGGCGAAUGCCGUUUAGGAUAGGGAAUGGGGAGGGGGAAUGUUGGGAAUUAGUAGCUGUGCGGUUGGGUUAUGGUACAUUGCUUGUAGGAAUUGGGUAAGUUCAGGCGGGAAUCCGAAUUUGCUAAGUACUUCGAAAAGGUAGGGCCAUAAGAGUCGGUCGAAUGCCUAAAAUAUUUUUCCUAUUUAGCUAAGCUUAUUUUAUCUUGGUUCUAAUUAGAUUUACAUAGAUAAUAUUCAGGUGUUAACUUUCUUGCAGUUGUGUAAGCUUUGAUACAUUAGUUUUACAUAUCUCCCGGAUGGUCAAAUCUAAAUAGUUAACUAGUUCAAACAGUAUCUGGCUAACGUGUUACCCCACAGAUUCUGCAGAUUGGCCUUUAACAGUGAUGUCAAAAGGAACAUUUUUAUUGUAUUAAUUUAAUAAUAUACUGUAUUCAUGGGCAAAUAACAUAUUUUCUAAAUUUUUGUAUGAACAUUGUUAAACCAUUUCACGUUGACUCAUUCACAAAAUGUAUUAAUUUACAUGUGCAAUAUUCAUUAGGACUGAGUGGAGUUAAAAGGACACUCCACUGCCUAAAUGCAAAAUAAAUAAAAUGACUAGUAGAUAUACACAAAAUGAAAACUAGCAUCUAUUUAAAUGCACAUUCUAAAAGUGGGGUUAUAUUUAAAAACCGCUUGCAAAAUCUGCUGUUGCUUAUCUACAGCCUUUACAAGCCCUCUCCUCCUUACCCCACUCAGACUUUAUGUGGCUGUCCAAUCACAGACUUCACAGGAUAUGAAUUCACAGUGAGGGCAGUAAAUAUAGGAUAUGUAUUCACAGUGAGGGCAGUAAUGUUAGGAUAUGUAUUCACAGCAAGGGCAGUAAAUGUAGGAUAUGUAUUCACAGUGAGGGCAGUAAAGAUAGGAUGUGUAGUCACAGUGAGGGCAGUAAAGUUAGGAUAUGUAUUCACAGAAAGGGCUGUAAAUGUAGGAUAUGUAUUCACAGUGAGGGCAGUAAAUAUAGGAUGUGUAUUCACAGUGAGGGCAGUAAAGAUAGGAUGUGUAGUCACAGUGAGGGCAGUAAAGUUAGGAUAUGUAUUCACAGUGAGGGCAGUAAAUAUAGGUUGUGUAUUCACAGUGAGGGCAGUAAAAAUACGGUAUGUAUUCACAGUGAGGGUAGUAAAUAUAGGACAUGUAUUCACAGCACGGGCAGCAACGAUAGGAUAUGUAUUCAUAAUGAGGGCAGUAAAGAUAGGAUAUGUAUUCAGAGUGAGGGCAGUAACGAUAAUAUAUGUAUACACAGUGAGGACAGUCAGUGGUGUAUCCUGGUUUUGUGCUGCCCUAGACAUGACAAAACUCAGGUGCCCCUGCCCCGCCGCUCCCCCUUCCUCCGCCACCCCUCCUUCCCCUCCUUCUAAAUACACACACAUUCACUGACAGACACACAUACUCUCUCACUAACAGACACACACACACAAACUAAAAGACACACACACUAAGAGACACACACACUCACUCACUAACAGACACAGACACACUAACAGACACACACACACACACUCACUAAGACACACACACACACUCACUAACAGACACACACUAACAGACACACUCACUCACUAACAGACACACACACUCACUAACAGACACACACACACACUCACUAACAGACACACACACACACAAACACACUCACAUUUAAAAAAAAUGCAAUCCCCCCAGCCUCCUUACCUUUGGGAAUGCUGGGGGAGGUGGUUCUCCCUUUCCCUGUGGUCCAGUGGGCUGCUGGGCGGGCGGGCGGAGCUGGUGAGGGAGCAUUGAUUUGUGAUUUCUCUGCUCAGCUGGUCACCUGGAGCCAGAAUAUGAUGUCAUAUUCCGGCUCCCGGCAUCACUCUGCGGCGCGAGGGAGCUGAGCAGAGAGCUCACAAAUCAGUGCUUCCUCGCCAGUGCCGCCUGCCCAGACCGGAUUUUUUGACAUCAUAUUCCGGCUCCCGGCAUCACUCUGUGGCGUGAGGGAGCUGAGCAGAGAGCUCACAAAUCAGUGCUCCCUUGCCAGUGCCGCCCACCCAGACCAGAUUUUUAGUUAGCCGCCAGGCUAACAAGACAUUUGCCUGGGCAUUUGGGGGAGGCUUUUUUUGCCGCCCCCUGGAAAGUGCCACCCAAGGCAAAUGCCUUGUUUGCCUCACGGCUAAUACAUCCCUGAGGACAGUAACGAUAAGAUAUGUAUUCACAGUGAGGGCAGUAAAGAAGAUAUGUAUUCACAGUGAGGGCAAUACAUAUAGAAUAUUUAUUCACAGGGAGGGCAGUAAAGCUAGGAUGUGUAUUCACAGUGAGGGCAGUAAAGCUAGCAUUUGUAUUUAUUGAUGGCAAGGUUGUUGUUGUAUAAGCCUUUAGGAAAAGGUUGGAUACAAUAUGAUCCCAUCAGAGUUGUAUGUAAGGGAGGGUGAAAACAGGCAUUCUUAUAAAAAUGUUUGAGUCAUUAUCUUCAAUUAGUUCAGCAGAUAAAGACAGGGCAGAUAUUAUUUCUGCAAAUUUGUUAUUGUUUUUGGCAAAUAUGAUAUAUAUAUAUAUAUUGUACUAUGCGUGUACUGUUGCUUAUACAAGUUAUAUCUCCUGAGCCAUUAAAAUAACUUCUAAUGACAAUAAUUGCUAUGAAUCAUUUAGUAAUAAAUCAGACCGUCUACCUUUGUAUGGAGCAUAGAAUGUUCCUGCACUGAUUUUAUAGGAAUAAUUAUGUAAAAAACAAUAAAAAACUAGAAAAGUUACAAUUUCUGGGGAAAUUGUGUGAAGUGUUCUUGCCUCCACCUGUAGUCUACAACUGGAGUGGGCGGAGUAACUGUUAUCAUUUACAUAGCACAUUUAAUUGCAACGUUGUUGCACAGUUACAUUAAACCAUACAUUUAUAAAAACAUUAGCAGGUGUUCAAAAGGCCCUGUCUAUGACAUCACUUGCUGCUGCAGCCUGGCACAGGUCAGAGUAUUUUGGCGGUUGCCAUCUUCAAACGGUCGUAUUUUAAAAACUAUAAAAUCCUACAGCGAAGAGCUUUAUAUUGUGAGAAUCACAAGACCCAGACCUACAUUUUGAUGCAUAGUAUUUCUCUGAAGUAUUAAAAAUGAAGGCACAGUCGCAGUUUAGAAAUUGCACUUCAAAUUUGAGCUUUGUAGAGUGAAGUUUCAAUGAAUGUCAAUGGACGGCGUUGGUUGCAAACAAAUGGUCAUAUUGUGAAAACUAUCAGGACUACGGCUUAGCCGUUGACAUGUUUAGUGGCAGCAGGGAUAGCUGAACGUUUUGAUAUAAGAUUUGUGUAGGUGGGCCUGAAAAUAAGGGAGUGGUGGCAGUUUAGAAAUCAUGUCCUGAUUUUUCAGCUUUUGGCAGCUCCCACUCUAGCUUUGCCAUUCAUUCCUAUGGGACAAAUUCGCCACAAAAACGACGAUAUUCCGUGAACCAUUCGGCGAAACGUUCCACAAAGUAAUAGCAAUCCGAUCGGGAACAAUCUGCACGUUUUGGUAAAUUUUUGUCUAUGUAGUGUAAAAACUGUGGGAGGAGUUAGGGUGGCAAAUUUUGCUAUAAUAAUAAUAAUAAUAAUAACUAGAAAAGCUACAAUUUCUGGGGAAAUUGUGUGAAGUGUUCUUGCCUCCACCAGUAGUCUACAACUGGAGUGGGCGGAGUAACUGUUAUCAUUUAUAUAGCACAUUUAAUUGCAACGUUGUUGCACAGUUACAUUAAACCAUACAUUUAUAAAAACAUUAGCAGGUGUUCAAAAGGCCCUGUCUAUGACAUCACUUGCUGCUGCAGCCUUGACACAGGUCAGAGUAUUUUGGCGGUUGCCAUCUUCAAACGGUCGUAUUUUAAAAACUAUAAAUCCUACAGCAAAGAGCUUUAUAUUGUGAGAAUCACAAGACUCAGACCUACAUUUUGAUGCAUAGUAUGUCUCUGAAGUAUUACAAAUGAAGGCACAGUCGCAGUUUAGAAAUUGCACUUCAAAUUUGAGCUUUGUAGAGUGAAGUUUCAAUGAAUGUCAAUGGACGGCGUUAGUUUCAAACAAAUUAUUAUAUUGUGAAAACUAUCAGGACUAUGGCUUAGCCGUUGACAUGUUUAGUGGCAGCAGGGAUAGCUGAACGUUUUGAUAUAAGAUUUGUGUAGGUGGGCCUGAAAAUAAGGGAGUGGUGGCAGUUUAGAAAUCAUGUCCUGAUUUUUCAGCUUUUGCCAGCUCCCACUCUAGCUUUGCCAUUCAUUCCUAUGGGACAAAUUGCGCCACAAGAACGACGAUAUUCCGUGAACCAUUCGGCGAAACGUUCCACAAAGUAAUAGCAAUCCGAUCGGGAACAAUCUGCACGUUUUGGUAAAUUUUUGUCUAUGUAGUGUAAAAACUGUGGGAGGAGUUAGGGUGGCAAAUUUUGCUAUAAUAAUAAUAAUAAUAAUAUAUAUGUGAGAUAACAUUAAGUGGUCUUGCUAUGCAAGAACACUUAAUAAAUUUAAAAAAGCUGUCUUAAUUACUCCUCCAAGGUGUUUCAGUGUGAAAAGCUGAAUUUGAAGACAUUCCCACUUCUGCCAUGAUGUAAUAUCUUCCACUUUGGACACACUGUUUGUCUUUGUUUCACGACAUAGCGGUAUAUCUUCCAAACACCUGAUAAAAGUACAACUUUGUGUCCAUUGCUCAUGUGAUACAUUUCUACUUAGAUCACUGAUGCUAACAAGGAGGGCAAAUUGUCAUAGUGAUGAACACUAGGCAUUAUUAAAUCUCUGAUGGAAGGCAAAAAGUGCCCUGUGUUGUUUCAGGUGGGGUCUGCACGAUAUAUCUUCUGAGCACUGUCUCCCCACUGCCUUCUGGUUGGACAACCAUUGAGUUAUUUGAUUAAUUAGUGCUUAAGCCAAGUCUGAAGCAUAUUGCAUAACAGGGACGCAAUUCAUUUUGAUAGAUCGAGCGGGGGCUAGUGGCUUCAGGAUGAAAGUGACCUGAUUUUCUCUUUGCCAAACAAGAUCCACACAACUUAAUACACGUCAGAUGAUUUAACUCCAAGAAUAAAUCACAUCAAUGUGUAAUGAGCGGGGUUUGAACGGCUGCAAGGAUUUUCUGUGGUUGCAUUCAUGCUUCUAUUUUUAAAAUAAUAAUAACUUGAUCAAUGCUAGGGAUGCUAUAAGGGGAUGCUGCAAAUAUAAAAUAUCCUGCUUUACAAAACAUUUAAUAUAUUUAAAAUGAAAGCGUUUUCAGAUUGAUUUAUGUUUAUUUUCUUGUGCAUUUAAUCUCAAUAGUAAUUUUUAUGUUAAACAAAUCUUUGAUUUCCUGUUUAACGACCUUGAUUUAAUAUCCAUCAAACCUUGUUUUUUUUAAUUUCAUCUUCUUCCAUUCAUCUCAUUCCAUUCACUAAGUUCCAUCCUUGUCAGUUUCAUUCAGACCUUUUCUUUUAAUUCACUAUCGAUGUUAACAGUACCUCCAUUUCAACCUAUCCUGUUUCCCCACUAAACUGUAAGAAGUUAUAUGAAAUCCUUUGCCUGUAAAGUACACAGUGGGGAGCGGAUACUUAUAGCACAUCGGUUUGAGUGGACAACUUGACAUGAACCCUCACCAUCUUUCUCUAUCUUCUUCACCAAAACCACAUACUCUAAAACAGAGGUAGGCAAUAUUUGGCACUCCAGCCAAAUUACUGCGGCAAACCAUCAGUGGAGAUGUAGUCCACAUCUCUGGAGUGCCAAAGGUGGCCUAUCUCUUCUCUGGGUUCUAGUUAGUGUGCUUGUAGCAUAUCCAUCUUAGCUUCAUUGAGGAGACACUUCUGAUGCCUUAUGUUCUAAGAAUAUUUUUUUAUGUAGAAGCCAGCAUGAAUAUAGUUAAAGGGACACGAUAGUCACCAAAACAACUUUAGCUUAAUAAAACAGUUUAUCUCAAUUAUCUGUCAUUUAGGAGCUAUAUCACUUUUGUUUCUGUUUAUGCAGCCCUAGCCACACCUCCCCUGGCUGUGACUGACACAGCCUGCAUGAAAAAAUGGUUUCAUUUUCAAACAGAUGUUAACUUACUUUAAAAGUUUUUAUCUUGGGACGUGAUGACGUGACACGGUCAGGCACCAGGAGGCGGGGUUUAGGGUGCUGACGGACCAGCAGACAAAAAGCAGCCACGAGGUAGUGGCGUCCGAGCAGAGGGGAACGAGGAGACGAAAGAUAUAAGUCUAUAACAAGAACUGUUGCUGCAGGACAAUAGGAGAUCGAAGGUUGUAGGUCUCCACUUGAAAAGUCUCCAAAGCAGAGGGACAGAAUAUAUAUAUCCAGAGAAAAUAAGCUGCAAUACUGGGGGGGGGGGGGAAAUCCUCUGCAUUACUGGAAAAACAACGGAAAGUGCCAAAUGCAAGUAUAAUAAAAAAAUCCAUAUGAGUAAAAAAAUGGUGAUGGGAUUCUACAAAGAAUACAAUGAUAUAUUAGUGAUCUAACUUGGAAAUAUAUAAUACCCACAAACUUCAUCUGUAUAUAAACAGUGUAUCUAAAUAAUCUGUAUAUUAACGGAGAGAAAGUGAAAGGUUCAAAAUUUGCUUAAUUAUAUAUGUGGAAAACCUAGAGGAAAAGGCAGUUGCAAACUUUACUAUAAAAAUUGUGAUAAAUCAAAAAUCUAUACGUAAGUUAAAACAAAAACCUAAGGAUGAUGACAACUGCAGAAGCCUAAGAUUGGAACUACAUUAGUUUAUAUUAACUAGAAAGGAGAAUGUGAAGUAAAAAUGGAAUACAAAAGGAAAAGGAAAAUAAAGGGAAUGGAGAAAGAAAAGAGGAAAAAAUGUAGUGAAAAUGGCUACUGCAAAGACUCCAAAGAAAAACUAACUAAAAGAGGAUAGCAAACAAGAUAAACAAAUGCCUGCCUUUUUCUCUCCCCAAAAUAAACAAGGAGUUGAUCAUUCACGUUCAGAAGAAUCUCUUAUGGAGGAGAGAUGAAACUCUUCGUCUAAUUUACAAGAAUGUAUUAAAACAAAUCUGGAAAUCAAACAGAAACAUUCAAAAAGGAAAUAAGUAAUGAGUACAUGUCAAUUAAAACAACAAAUCGAAGAGAUUGGUAUGAAACUAACUAAAAUGGAAGGAAAAUAUGAAAAAAUAGAAUUCCAGUGUAAAUCAGCAAUUGAGGAUCAAGAGAGAAUGAAGAUGGAUAUCAAUAAUUUAGAACACAGAUUAAACCAAAUGGAGGACAGACAAAGAAUAAAAAAAAAAAUAUCAGACUAAAAAAUAUACCUGAGGACAUUGCCCAUGACAAGAUAAAGGAAUUUUUAUCAGAUUUUUUUUGCAGCGCUAAAUACCAACAUUACAAAAUCAAGAAAUGGUGAUUGAAAAUACAUACCGGGUGAGAAAACCACAAAAUAUGGUUAUGGUGGUAUUCUUUACAAACAAAACAGCAAAUAAUCCAAAUAAGUAGAACUAAGAAGAUAAUAGAAGAAAGAUUUAGAAACAUCACAAUAUAUCAAGACCUCUCAUUCUCAUUAACAAGAAUGUGAAGAAAAGUAUUCGCCCCAGCUCUGAUGUCACUUAAACAACAUAAUAUAAGAUAUCACUGGGGGCCUAACUGAACAAUAACAGUAUUUUGGAAAGACACAAAGAAAACGUUCGCUGAGGCAAGGGAAUUGGAGGAAUGGACCAAAGAACAAACACAAUGAAAAGAUUAAAAAACUAGUAGGGUGUCAUUCAGAGGAACAUGCAGAGAAGGGAAAGGAAAGAACAAGAAAGGUUUUUUUAGCACAGGACACUAAAAGUAAUACGGAGCAAGUCACAGAAAUAAGUGUCACAAGAGAAUGGGGAAGAAACACAGAGGACUGUGAUAAAGGACUUUUUUAAGCAUACAUAUGUCUAUAUAUAGAUUGGGAAUAAUGUAUAUGGUGAAUAGACGUGUGAAUAUAAGUGAAUUACACAAAAUAGAGUGUGAUCAGCACAGAUUAAAAGAAAGGAAAAGAAAGAGAAAAAGAGAAAGGAAAAAUGGAAUUAUAUAAAGGGAAAAGAAAAAGGCACAAGUUUACACAAAAAAAGAGUGACCACAAAAUAUAUGGAAAGGAAAGAGAGAAAAGGGGGGGGGGGGGCACUUUUUAGGGGGAUGAAGUUCAAAGGGGGGGAGAUAAGAGAGAAAAUUAUACAUAAAUAAAAGAUAAUAAACACACAAUUCUAAGGGUAAUAUAUAAAAGUGUUAGAUAAAUGAUAAUUUUUCGUUAAAAUGGGUGCGCUUACUUUAAAGAAAAAUUAUAAUUUCAUUUAAGUGGUAAGCCCUUUCUUUAUGGUUGGCAUUCGGUGUCUAAACCUCUAUAUCAUUAGCUAUAGUUCUUAUAUAUGCUUUAAUGGCCAGAAGUGACAACAAGGGAUAAAUGAAUAUUUAUUAUGGAAGUCGCUGGCCCAGGUCAACCUCUGAAAAUACCCCUGCUUGGAGAUCACUUAGUACAUCUCAGCUCUUGACAUUAUAGGGAACUGUGUCAAGGAAUACAUUAAGAGGGUGAUGGAGGUCUCUCCUUUUUUAAGUGAGAAAAUAUGUGGUUUUACCUUUUUUAGGUGAACCUUUGUGUUGUGUAGAAGUUUUUUUGUGUUGAUCCUGUGAGGAAAGCUAAGAAUGGGACUAAGAGUAAAUGAGAAAGAUAGAAUUCUGAAGUGCAUCUCUAUGAAUACUGGGUUUGAAUCCCCCAUUUGAAAGGAAACUUCUAUAUGAAUUACUCAGAUAGGAACAGAUAGAUAUAGCCAUGAUACAAGAGACUCAUUGGUAAAUGGAAGAGAAAAUUAGAUGGAGAUAUGAGAUGUACAAAGAAGUUAUACAGGCAUCUCUUGAGAGGAAAAAAAAGAGAGGAGUUGCUAUUAUCUUCUCAAAAUGGCUUAAAAAAUAGAUAUUAUAUACAGAGGUAGAUAACUAAGAAAUAUAUCAAAUCCUAGUUUGUAAGGUAGACUCUGUAAAAUACACUUUUAUAAACCUCUAUCUUCCAAAUAUAUCACCAACAAAGUAUCUAAAAAAGAUAACGGAUAGAGUAGAAAAGGUAAAAAUGGUAAUGUUAGUUAUUACAGGGGACUUUAAUUGUGUCCUGGAUACGGUAUUGGAUUAAAAAAAAAACUAAAGAUAACAGAAAAAUAAGUAACCAAUUAAAGAAACAAUCUAACAUUCUAAGAAAUAUUAUGAAAGAAAAUAACUUGUUAGAUAUAUGGCGAGUCUAUCAUGUAAAAGAAAACACAUUUACACAUUGUUCUAGAGUACACCAUUCGUUAUCUAGAAUUGAUCUGGGUUUGGUAGACAAUAGUUUAGUAGAACAAAUCCAGAAAAUUAUAAUAAAGGAGAAUCCAUGGGCGAAUCAUGGCUAUAAUUUGUUCGACACAAAAGAUUUAAAAAAAUAUAAACCUUUUAACACUUGGCGUCUGUAUGAUUAUAUCCUUUCCAGAAUGGAAGAUGAAAAAUAUAUUAGAAACUUAACAGAACUGUAUUUCAAAGAAAAUAAAAUGGAAAAAAAAGGAAUGUCUUAUGCAAUGAUCUGGUGUGCUGUAGUAAGAGGAUAUUUGAUAAAACUCAAAAGUAAAAUUCAAAGAAAAAAAGGAGCCUUGAGGGAAGAGCUAUAUAUAGAAUAUUCUAAAUUAUCUAAAAAUAAUUAAAAAAAUCUAACUAGUUAAACGAUAAAACAAUUAAAUUAUCUUAAAGAUAAAAUUAACAAAAUAGAAAUUGAAAUCGAAUAGAAAUUGGAUGCAGAAAAGGCCUUUGACAGGGUCGGAUGGGAAAAUAUGUUCGGGGUGCUGGAGUCUAUGGGUUUUGGUGGUUGGGCAGCAAUUCAAACUAUAUAUCAAGAACCAAUGGCUAUGGUGGUAUGAAUAGAUCUAUGUUCCGAUUGUUUUUUGUUAGGUAAUGGCACCCGACAAGGUUGCCCUCUUUCACCAAUACUAUAUAUACUAUCUAUGGAGUCUCUAGCAAUAAGAAUAAGGGCAAAACAUGAUAUUAAGGGGAUUUCAACAGCCUCUAAAGAACUGAAGCUGUGUAUAUAUGCUGAUUUGGCCGAUCCAAUUGUUUCUGUUGCUCAUUUGAUAGAUGAGAUAAUGCAAUAUAGUGAAAUAUCUAAUUAUAGAUAAAUAUAGAUAAAUCUGUUAUUAUGUUUAAAAACUGUGACGCUGGUCUAAAAAAAAUCAAUACUAGGUAAAUAUGGCUUUAAAGAAACUAAAAGGAAUUUUGAAUAUUUAUGUAUAAUGCUAUCGGAUAAAACUAAUAGAAUAGUAGAAGAUAAUUUCUUAAAACUGAUUAGAUUAACAAGUCUAACUCUAAAAAAUUUAAUACUUUGCUAUUGAGUUGGCUAGGAAGAAUUAUUAUCAUCAAUACUUACAUAAUUCCCAAGUGGACCUAUUUUAUUUUUAAAUGAUUCCACUAGAUACCUGACAGCUGGUAGAGAUUAUACAAAUAAGUUUUAGAAACUUUGUAUGGAGAGGGAAAAGACCCAGCAUUAAUUUAGAACAGUUGACUAAUAGCUUGGGGCAUGAGGGUAUGAAUUUCCCCAAUAUCAAAAAACAUUAAGAAGCCAGUAUAGUCCACCAUAUUAAAAUUCUAACUAAAAGGGAAGCAAAAGAAACAGGAUGGUUUAUCUUGGAAACUCAGUCAUUGCAUAAUAUCAUAAUAUCUAUUUAAAUAAACUUGUUUGGCAGAGAAAAGGAUAUCUGGUAUUGAAAAAAAAUAAAAAAAUAAUUUUAACCCACAUAUUUUCAGUAUGGUUUAAAUUAAGAAAAAAGAUGAAAAAUACUGGAAAGAUAUAUGGAUUUAUGGAAUUGGAGAUAUUGGAAUCUCUUACAGAUGAUUUAAAACUAGAUCUGUGGAGAGAAAAGAAAAUUAAAGACCUAAAUAAUAUAAUGAAGGAGGGAAGAAUGAAAAUGUUUGCAUCAUUAGUCCUAGAAUAUAAUUUACCAGAAUCUGAAAUAUUUAAUUAUUUAAGAGUUAAAUCACUGGUCUCGAGAAAUUUUGAUGAGGGGAAAAGUAAAAACUCCAUAUAUAUGAGAUCAAUUUUUGAAAUAAAAAAAACUGCAAAACAUCUAUUAAAAUGUUAUAUGUUGAUCAGAUCAAUGUCUCUUAUUCUGACAAAACAGUUGAAAAAAUGGGAAACUGAGUGUAAUAUUAAUAUUGAUAUUUGUGUAUGGGGUGAAAUACUAGUCAAAACAAAGACAAAAGUUCAGAAUAAAAUUCUGAUUGAAAACAUUUUAUAAAGUAUGUAAUAGGGGGUAUUUAGUGCCAACAAGAUCAAAUAAAAUGGAUCCUAGUGUUUCAAAUUUGUGUUGGAGAUGUAUGAAGGUAGUUGGAAGUUAUCUACACAUAUGGUGGAGUUGUUCAAAAAUGUUAAACAUUUUGGGAUCAGGUUUAUAAAACUUUAUAUGAUUGUUAUAAGAUUAAAAUUAAUAAAACUCAGAUAGCAGCAUUACUACACUUGGGUUGGCCGGAAUUAACAACAUUCCAAUAUUAUUUGACCACACAUAGCAUUUGGUCGUGAAGAUUCUCUUAGGAAGAAACUGGAAACAACCUUAAGAAAUUAGCUACUAUUAGCUAUUGAUAGCUACUAUCAGUGGGUAAAACAACUGACAUUACAAUUAAAGAUGGAAUUGGGCAUAUGCUAGAGAAAUAAUACCUCGGUCAGGAAUAAACUGUUAAGAGAAAAUGUUUGCAUCUUGUAUUAGCAUUUACAUAAAGUCCGAGUAAAAUAUGCACUUCAGAGUUUUUAAAUACAAGGUAUAUAAAGAUUAGAUAAGUACAUCCUUGUCCUCAUUAAGUCUUUUUUUUUCCUCACAGGUAGAAUGUAAUAUGUAUUAUUAUUGUCAAUUAUUUUGUUUGUUUAAUGUUUUGUAUUGUCUUUUAUAUGACAGAAAAAUCGAAAAUAAAGACUGUUUAAAAAUUUUUUUUUUUUAAAGUUUUUAUCUUGUACUCUGUGAAUCGAACUUUAAUUAUAAACAGGAGACUCCUGCAGGAUCUAGUAAGCUAUUAACGGAGCAUGAGAUAAGAAAUUCUAAAUUAAACAGAAUUUACAAUAAAGGAAGAGUAAACAUUAGAUUUCACUUUACAGGAAGUGUUUGGGAAGGCUGCGUAAGUCACAUGCAAUGAGGUGUGGCUAGGGCUGCAUAAACAAAGUGAUUUAACUCCUAAAUGGAAGAGAAUUGAGCAAUAAGACUGCAGGAACAUGAAUUAUAACCAAAAACUAUGUUUUUUUAAGCUAAAGUUGUUUUGGUGACUUUAGUGUCCCUUUAAGGAAGGAACAUUACAUGUUAUUUAAAAAGGCAUGUCUGAAUAGAAACUAGAUGCUAUUAUUCCUUCAGUUCUGUGUUCUAUCCAAAAAGAAAAGAUCUUAAAUGGAACCUUUUUAGAGACGGAUUAAGAUCCCCCGGGCACUAUGCAAGUUAUCAGUUACCAGUCGCCAAGGGUCGCCUUACUUGUUGAACAGAAAUUGCCUGAAAGACUUUAGAACGUUAUGAAUGGAGAGAGAAAUAUUCAUCUUUCCAUCUGUAUAUCCCGCAGAAAAGAAUAUUGAAACAUAAAAAUUCUAAAUUUUGGUCUUACAUUAUCCAAAAUGAGACCAGCAAGUACUUUAACUAAACUUAACUUUCUAUGUUAGCACUAAGCUUAUCUCAUGAAGCCCUGCUCACCAUAGAGUCUAUGCUUUGCCAACACAGCAAGGGAUUCUGGGAAUGAUUUUACAUGUUACAUGCUUUAUUUGGUUAAUGGUUAAUGUUUUGUUUUACUAUUGCAAAUCAUAAUAUUCUAUGUAUCAUUAGGGUAAUGUGCUAUGCACUUCUCUGCACUCCUAAUAAACACAUUUAAAUUAGAAAAAAAGAAACUGUCACAUGAAGAACACAGAAGGUGGGAAAAUUGAGAAAAAUUAUUAUUAUUUUCAGAAAUCUAUGGGAUAUUAAAAAAAACACACCCAGCUUAACCAAAUGUAACCUAGCCACACACUGCAACGAUCUGGGUCUGUGUUUUAAUUAAUAAAAACCAGCAUAAAUAACUAUGUGUAACCUAACCUACACAGUGCACCUAAUGUGUGUGGGAGCCUGGUGUGUCUCUUUAAUAAUAUAAACCCACCCAGUAUAACUGUAACCUAACCUACACAGUGCACCUAAUGUGUGUGGAAGCCUGGAGUGUCCCUUUAAUAAUAUAAACCCACCCAGUAUAACUGUAACCUAACCUACACAGUGCACCUAACGUGUGUGGGAGCCUGGAGUGUCCCUUUAAUAAUAUAAAUCCACCCAGUAUAACUAACUGUAACCUAACCUACACAGUGCACCUAACGUGUGUGGGAGCCUGGAGAGUCCCUUUAAUAAUAUAAACCCACCCAGUAUAACUAACUGUAACCUAACCUACACAGUACAACUAACAUGUGUGGGAGCCUGGUGUGUCCCUUUAAUAAUAUAAACCCACCCAGUAUAACUGUAACCUAACCUACACAGUGCACCUGACGUGUGUGGGAGCCUGGAGUAUCCCUUUAAUAAUAUUAACCCACCCAGUAUAACUAACUGUAACUUAACCUACACAGUACAACUAACAUGUGUGGGAGCCUGGUGUGUCCCUUUAAUAAUAUAAACCUACCCAGUAUAACUAACUGUAACCUAACCUACACAGUGCACCUAACAUGUGUGGGAGCCUGGAGUGUCCCUUUAAUAAUAUAAACCCACCCAGUAUAACUAACUGUAACCUAACCUACACAGUGCAUCUAACGUAUGUGGGAGCCUGGAGUGUCCCUUUAAUAAUAUAAACCCACCCAGUAUAACUGUAACCUAACCUACACAGUGCACCUAACGUGUGGGAGCCUGGAGUGUCCCUUUAAUAAUAUAAACCCACCCAGUAUAACUAACUGUAACCUAAUCUAAACAGUGCACCUAACGUGUGUGAGCCUGGGGUGUUCCUUUAAUAAUAUAAACCCACCCAGUAUAACUAAAUGUAACCUAACCUACACAGUGCACCUGACGUGUGUGGGAGCCUGGAGUAUCCCUUUAAUAAUAUAAACCCACCCAGUAUAACUGUAACCUAACCUACACAGUGCACCUAAUGUGUGGGAGCCUGGAGUGUCCCUUUAAUAAUAUAAACCCACCCAGUAUAACUAACUGUAACCUAAUCUAAACAGUGCACCUAACAUGUGUGGGAGCCUGGUGUGUCCCUUUAAUAAUAUAAACCUACCCAGUAUAACUAACUGUAACCUAACCUACACAGUGCACCUAACAUGUGUGGGAGCCUGGAGUGUCCCUUUAAUAAUAUAAACCCACCCAGUAUAACUAACUGUAACCUAACCUACACAGUGCACCUAACAUGUGUGGGAGCCUGGAGUGUCCCUUUAAUAAUAUAAACCCACCCAGUAUAACUGUAACCUAACCUACACAGUGCACCUAACGUGUGGGAGCCUGGAGUGUCCCUUUAAUAAUAUAAACCCACCCAGUAUAACUAACUGUAACCUAAUCUAAACAGUGCACCUAACGUGUGUGAGCCUGGGGUGUCCCUUAAAUAAUAUAAACCGACCCAAUAUAACUGUAACCUAGCCUACAAAGUGCACCUAACGUGUGGGAGCCUGGAGUGUUCCUUUAAUAAUAUAAACCCACCCAGUAUAACUAAAUGUAACCUAACCUACACAGUGCACCUAACGUGUGUGGGAGCCUGGAGUGUCCCUUUAAUAAUAUAAACCCACCCAGUAUAUCUAACUGUAACCUAAAAAGUAACCUAACCUACACAGUGCACCUGACGUGUGUGGGAGCCUGGAGUAUCCCUUUAAUAAUAUUAACCCACCCAGUAUAACUAACUGUAACUUAACCUACACAGUACAACUAACAUGUGUGGGAGCCUGGUGUGUCCCUUUAAUAAUAUAAACCUACCCAGUAUAACUAACUGUAACCUAACCUACACAGUGCAUCUAACGUGUGUGGGAGCCUGGAGUGUCCCUUUAAUAAUAUAAACCCACCCAGUAUAACUAACUGUAACCUAACCUACACAGUGCAUUUAAUGUGUGUGGGAGCCUGGAGUGUCCCUUUAAUAAUAUAAACCCACCCAGUAUAACUAACUGUAACCUAACCUACACAGUGCACCUAACGUGUGGGAGCCUGGAGUGUCCCUUUAAUAAUAUAAACCCACCCAGUAUAACUAACUGUAACCUAAUCUAAACAGUGCACCUAACGUGUGUGGGAGCCUGGAGUGUCCCUUUAAUAAUAUAAACCCACCCAGUAUAUCUAACUGUAACCUAAAAAGUAACCUAACCUACACAGUGCAUCUAACAUGUGUGGGAGCCUGGAGUGUCACCUAACUUGUGUGGAAGCCUGGAGUGUCCCUUUAUUAAUUUAAACCCACCCGUAAUAACUAACUGUAACCUAACCUACACAGUGCACCUAACGUGUGUGGGAGCCUGGAGUGUCCCUUUAAUAAUAUAAACCCACCCAGUAUAACUAACCCACCCAGGAUAACCUAACCUACACAGUACACUUGUGUGGGAUCUUGGAGUGCCCCUUUAAUACAAACCUGUAUAACUAACUGUAACCUAAUGUAUGUUGGAGCCCACAGUGUCCCUUUAAAAAUAUAAACUAACUCAGUAUAACUACCCGUAACAUAACCUACAAACACUACACACCUGUAAAUUUGUAAUUUUUUCCAAAUCAGAUGUUUUUACCAAAGAAUUCGUUUUUUUAUUUGCUAAAUCCCAAUAAAAUAGAAACUCUCCAGCAGCAUGUGUUGAGAUGUCCGUAGAGACAAAUGAGAAAGCUAAGUUUUAGUAUUCCACUGUUUUUAAUUACAGACAUGUAAUUACUUUCCAGUAGGUGUUGCAUUUUCAUAUGUAAAUUAGUCGAUUAAUAAUAUAAUAUUUAGUUACAUACUUGUGUAUUUAAAUAUAAAAAUGAUAAAUAAAUGCCUAGUAUAUAUCACUAUUGUUUGCUUUUUUAUUGAUAAAAUCAGUGGUGGCCAAAUAUAAAUUAUACAAUUACCAGAAUAUAAUGUUAACUUAAACGCAAUAACUACAGAGUUAGCAGUUACAAUGUAUUUUGUCCAACAAGUAAUAUAUAGCAAAACAAACUCAGUGAGAGCAGCCAUCUUGCUUUUAAAGCAGACAGGGUUUGAUAUAAUUUUAAUUUAUAUAUUUUUUAUUGACUGGAAGGAGAACCUAAUAUAUUAAAUAAUGUAAACUAUAGCAUAUCUAUUCACCAUCCUUUUCAUAAAUCACUUUCUAAAUGAGAUAGUUUGCAUUUAUAUUUUGUUAUGACAAAAUGUAUCCUUUGAGCUUUGAUAGAAAAUCAAAAUGGCUUCUCUGUAUGAGCAUGCUGCAAAAUGUUUUAAAUGACUGUAUUACAGCAACAUGGUGUCAUAGUAUAAUGAAAUCCAGAGUGAUAUAUGUUAUAUAUGGUUUUGCCCAGUUUACUUAUAUCAUUUAUUUAGUAUUUGACUUUGCCCUCCCAUUCACCCCUUCACCAGGUCCUGCCGCAUCCACGUAAAGAAUGCUGCCCGAAUACGUCUGCCUCAUCUUCCUCCAUUAUUCAUCAAAACUCCACCGGCUGCUCACUCCAUCAAGAUACAAAAUGAAAAAUGUUGACUCAGGCACGCAGCGCCUGCCAUGAUUCUUCUUUUACCCAUAUGUCUGCCUUCUGUGCCUCCAUUAUAUCUCCUACAUGAGUCCUCCUCUCGUUCUGUGACCUGCCCCCAUCUGCUUUCCUUAUUAUCUGAUACCUUUUUAUCUCUGUCUACGUAUUCCAUGCCUUAUGUCAUCUAUGCGAUAUCUACCAGUGGUUGACAAGACAGUCCUUAUGGCCCACCAACAAUCCAGGAUUUAUGUAUUUCCUGUUUUAUUCCAAUGGCAAUACUCACAAAACCUGUACUGGGUUGUGAGGACUAUUUUGGGAACCACUGCUAUGGACUAUUCCCUAGAUCUCACUGCCAUAUAUAGACUCUUGCCUUCCUCCUCCUUCCAUUUUAGCUACAAGCUCAAAACCUUGCCCUUGACCUAAACUUUAAUAGACUGACUAUCUCAGCAUUUUAAUCUCCAAUUCUAGGACUCGAUCCUUGACUGGCUCCUAACGCCUUUGUGUUUAAAAUGCCCCCAUGUUCUUUUGACGGUUAGCUAGUGGGAGGGUCAUUGCAACUUUUUCUUGACUUGUCUCUAUCGUUAAAUAAAGUUCUGUAUUGUGCUGCCAAAUUUUUUGGUGCUAUAAAAAUACAUGGUAAUAAAAACAACUUUGAAUUAUGGCUGAAAUUUAUUUUUUACAUAUUAUUACAAAUUUUCCGUUUUAUUUUGUUUACAAUUAGUCACUAAUUUGUGACUUCUCUGGAAUUUGAAGUAAAUUGAAAGUGAAUUUACAGUUGUAGACAAAAAUAUCCAAACUGGAAAGAUUCUCCAAUUUAGUUAUAUUUCUCACUAUUUUGGUCUACAAUUUGAAAUUAUCUUUAAAUUCCUGGCAGAUCACUCUUUAGUGAAUAAUCACGUUUGUGUCUACUACUCUUUUAAGUCACAUUCUAAGUCUAUGUCAUACUUUGCCAUUUUGGCUUUGUUCUGUUUACUAAUGAGCUAACAAUGUUAUGUUUCAAUUUCCAAUUGUAAAUCAAAAUCUAAAAUGGCUGUUCAGAAAAAAAAAACCUACUGAGUAUUAUUUUGCCAUUUCUACAACUCCUAGUUUAGUUAACAAAACUUUAUAUUGUUUACCACAAAGACACUCACAAAUCGUACAGACGUGUCUCGGUAAUUACUAAGCUGAGGUGUUCAAUACUUAGGUUGGUUGCGUUCAUCCUGACACUGAUUAAUGCCAUGUCCCUGUUGGCAACAUUCCCAUUUAAUCUCCAUAAUUGUGAUUAGUUUAACGUCUUUACUGCUAUGGCAAGUAAUUAUUUAAUUAAACCAAGCAUCGUACAUGAGUUAAUUAUGAUCAUGGCCUUGUGGUCUUAUUGAUUUAUUUGUAAUUAAUCAAACAAUCGUUAGGCUGCCAAUAGUUAUACUUGAUUAAUCAGUGUCAUUAUGGUUACAGUAACCACUUUGUAAUCACAGUAACCUAUGCACACAUUGGUUCAUUUGCGUACCAGCUGCUCUAUGGCCUAGAUUUAAAAAGUUCCUAUGCUGUCAGGGAGAUGGCUCGAUGGAUAACGUUCCACCCACAGUAUCGCAGAGAUCACAGAUUCAAUUCCAAGCAAGUUCUGCUCUUUUAGCAUUCAUGAGAACCGUUCAUUUGGUACUAAUAACAACAAGACCCCAAGAUGAAAAUGGCAAAAACCUAAAUGUACCUUUCCUGGUUAUAUAUUUGGAUAAUAUUGGAAUAAUCUCUAAAUUCUUGUAGAAAAUUCCAGGUCCGAUCUUAAAGAACUGUAACCAUGCCACUAAUAGAAGAUGUCUCCAAAUAACUGUAAUUACGUCAUUCACAGUCUGCCAGUUCUUAUAUGGGCACCUGGUGUGGGACGUAAUCUGUCCAGAAUUCAUAGGUCAGGCAGAACUUCUUUGUAUGACAGAUAACGCAACCCUGAUUGCUGUCCAUUUUAGAUCUAUUUCUAUAAUUCUGUAGAAAGAGAAAUAAGGUAAGCACCCCUCAAAUUUAUACCUGUGAUCAGUGUUUAAUUUAUUUCGCAUUAGCCAUGGAGUUAUGGCCGAUUCCUCUAGUCACAGUGAGCUAGUGUUCCACAUCAUUUAGAAUGUACAAACGUGUGCAAUACACAGUUUUCACAUAUUUUACAGUUUGCAUGUUGUUCGAGUCUCUGCAACUCUAAAUGGGUUUAACAGAUGUGGCCGUCUUCCUCCUUGUUCCUUGAGGAAUAUCGGAUAUCAGUUAUAUGUCAGGGAUAAGACUGUAAGAUGCCAAAACCAUUAUACGGCCUUGCCCUAUGUUUUGUGUAAUGGGGACCUGCCUGUAUUUCAGUCUUCUGCUACCUCUGUAAGUGUUGGCAAUGGUAAAAGUUCCCUCUCUACUGACACUUGUAAAUUAAAGUUCAUUUAAGGGCCCUUGAGUCCGACUUUACCAGUUGGGAAAGCUGUUAAGAUUUUGUGUGCCUCUUACACUUUGUAUCUAUGUAUAGCUGUUCUGUUCUUUGUAAUAGUUUGUCCAUUUGCUUUCCAUGUUGUACAGUGCUACAUAAAUGGUUGGCAUUCUCCUAGUAUAAAAUGCUACUAUUAUACAUGUAUAUAAAUGAAAAAGAGGAAUACCGCACACUUAAUAAAAUCCUGGUGUAGACAGACCUGGGGUGGGCUAACCCUCCCGUAGUAGAUCCUUGAGUGCCUAUACCACAAUUUUGUUUAACUACCAUUAUACAUUUAGACAUUAACCCAGGUGAUCUAGUGUGAAGUGUAAAAUCUGGCCACCUGCAGAUCACGCUAUGGUAUCAUGUCAUUGCUUCGGCAGGGGGUGUACUGGCAGAGUAGACGGCGAGGGAGCUCUGAUCUUUCUGCUCAACUGACGUCAUACUCCGGCUGCCGGCAUCACUAAGUGGCGCGCAAGCUGCAACCCACCUCGGCCACAAGAAGGCACAUGCCUUGUUAGCCUCACGGUGAAUACACCACUGAUGUCGUGGCCACAAAUAUUGAUCUCUGUUUGAUCACGGUUAGAAGGAAUUGUAAGUGGAACCCAAAAAUGACCUGACAAACGAUGAAUGAAGCCAAAAAGGUUGACACGUGUUUGUGUGGAUUAAAGCAACAUUUGCUAUCCUGCCUGACAUCUUGAUCCUGUAUGGUAAAUGGCGUUGGAUAGUGACCCAUUCUCCAAUUGUAAAAAUAGUUCAGUGACCGAUUCUCCAAACCUACAGUGCUGAAAUAUGUGGACAACAAAAAAUAAAAAGUAUAAUCACAGGGCUUAUAAGGGAUAUAUCCAAUUUAAAUAUAUAGUUUCCUUAAUAACAACAUAUCAAAUUAAAAUACAUAAUUGUAUAAUUGGUCUUCAUACAAAUAACUGAACAAGGCUUCGUACGUGUUAUUCAUUAACAUGGGAAUUGUUGAGGAUUCAAAGUGACAUCAAAGUAAAUGUCCAAUUUAAAACCAACGCUACUGAACUGAAAACCCAGCUGACACCGAACUUUGCCAACUGGACUAUUCUCGACUAAACUUGGAAAUGAGUUUUUGAUUAAUUUGGUGAAUAGUGAAUAGCCCGCACUCUGUUAAACGAUAACAUGUCCUCACCAUGUCCAGACUGAGCUGCUAAUUACAUAGAAACCAUAAAAUGAUGUGUUUCCUUUUGCUUUAAAUAUAAUGAUUACAGGACAAAAGACAAGUUAUGUAAACAGGAAAUAACCCCCAAAAGUCUACCUUGUUUUUGAAAUAUAUGUUCUUGAUUCAUAGAGAUGUUUAGCAAAACAUUCUUACUCCACCCCACACGUUAAAUCCAAAUUGGGCGAUGCCAGUCACAUGAAGUGCUGAUGUUUGUAUUUUUUUUAAUCAUCUUUUACUAAAAUGGAGGUAUCUUAAAGCAUGUCCCUGAAUAAUAUUCUGGAACUUUGCAAAAAUGGGCCAAUCGAUGUGCUGCAAAAUGUAUUCAGAAAAUAAAUAUUAUCUAUCUGUUUUGCAGUACAUUAAUAGGAGCAUUCUCCCAAUAUUUGGUUCACAGAUCAAGUUUGAAGAAAUAACCAAUAAACGGAAAAUGAGGAGGAGCAUUAUAAAAAUAAUCUAUACUUCAGAGAUACACAGUUCGGCUGAACAGUCUUCUAGCCUAAAUUCAGACGACCUGGGAAUUAACCAAAACCGAAUGCACAAGUCUAUUUGUAAACACAUUUAUUAUAGUUUAAAGACACAUUAAUUGGAGUAUUAUUGCUGUGGAGCUCUGUUAUACACUCAGACACAUUACUGGGAGUAUUAUUGCUGUGGGGCUCUGUUAUACACUCAGACACAUUACUGGGAGUAUUAUUGCUGGGGAGCUCUGUUAUACACUAAGACACAUUACUGGGAGUGUUAUUGCUGUGGUGCUCUGUUAUACACUCAGACACAUUACUGGGAGUAUUAUUGCUGUGGUGCUCUGUUAUACACUCAGACCCAUUACUGGGAGUAUUAUUGCUGUGGAGCUCUGUUAUACACUCAGACACAUUACUGGGAGUAUUAUUGCUGUGGAGCUCUGUUAUACACUCAGACACAUUACUGGGAGUAUUAUUGCUGUGGAGCUCUGUUACACACUCUGACACAUUACUGGGAGUAUUAUUGCUGUGGAGCUCUGUUACACAUUCUGACACAUUACUGGGAGUAUUAUUGCUGUGGAGCUCUGUUAUACACUCAGACACAUUAUUGGGAGUAUUAUUGCUGUGGAGCUCUGUUGUAUACCUGUAUUACACAUUGGGAGUAUUAUUGCUGUGGAGCUCUGUUAUACACUCAGACACAUUACUGGGAGUAUUAUUGCUGUGGGCUCUGUUAUACACUCAGACACAUUACUGGGAGUAUUAUUGCUGUGGAGCUCUGUUAUACACUCAGACAUUACUGGGAGUAUUAUUGCUGUGGAGCUCUGUUAUACACUCAGACACAUUACUGGGAGUAUUAUUGCUGUGGAGCUCUGUUAUGCACUCAGACACAUUACUGGGAGUAUUAUUGCUGUGGAGCUCUGUUAUACCCUCAGGCACAUUACUGGGAGUAUUAUUGCUGUGGGGCUCUGUUAUACACUCAGACACAUUACUGGGAGUAUUAUUGCUGUGGAGCUCUGUUAUACACUCAGACACAUUACUAGGAGUAUUUUUGCUGUGGAGCUCUGUUAUACACUCGUACAGAUUACUGGGAGUAUUAUUGCUGUGAAGCUCUGUUAAACACUCAGACACAUUACUGGGAGUAUUAUUGCUGUGGAGCUCUGUUAUACACUCAGACACAUUACUGUGAGUAUUAUUGCUGUGGGGCUCUGUUACACACUCAGACACAUUACUUGGAGUAUUAUUACUGUGGAGCUCUGUUAUACACUCAGACACAUUACUGGGCGUAUUAUUGCUGUGGAGCUCUGUGAUAUACUCAGACACAUUACUGGGAGUAUUAUUGCUGUGGAGCUCUGUUAUACACUCAGACACAUUACUGGGAGUAUUAUUGCUGUGGAGCUCUGUUAUACACUCAGACACAUUACUGGGAGUAUCAUUGCUGUGGAGCUCUGUUAUACACUCAGAAACAUUACUGGCAGUAUUAUUGCUGUGGAGCUCUGUUAUACACUCAGACACAUUAAUGGGAGUAUUAUUGCUGUGGAGCUCUGUUAUACACUCAGACACAUUACUGGGAGUAUCAUUGCUGUGGAGCUCUGUUAUACACUCGUACAGAUUACUGGGAGUAUUAUUGUUGUGGAGCUCUGUUAUACACUCAGACAAAUUACUGGGAGUAUCAUUGCUGUGGAGCUCUGUUAUACACUCAGAAACAUUACUGGCAGUAUUAUUGCUGUGGAGGUCUGUUAUACACUCAGACACAUUACUGGGAGUAUUAUUGCUGUGGAGCAUUGUUAUACACUCAGACACAUUACUAGGAGUAUCAUUGCUGUGGAGCUCUGUUAUACACUCAGACACAUUACUGGGAGUAUUAUUGCUGUGGAGCUCUGUUAUACACUCAGACAGAUUACUGACAGUUUUAUUGCUGUGGAGCUCUGUUAUACACUCAGACACAUUACUGGUAGUAUUAUUGCUGUGGAGCUCUGUUAUACACUCAGACACAUUACUGGGAGUAUUAUUGCUGUGGAGCUCUGUUAUACACUCAGACACAUUACUGAGAGUAUUAUUGCUGCGGAGCUCUGUUAUACACUCGGACACAUUACUGGGAGUAUUUUUGCUAUGUAGCUCUGUUAUACACUCAGACACAUUACUGGGAGUAUUAUUGCUGUGGAGCUCUGUUAUACACUCAGACACAUUACUGGAAGUAUUAUUGCUGUGGAGCUCUGUUAUACACUCAGACACAUUACUGGGAGUAUAAUUGCUGUGGAGCUCUGUUAUACACUCAGACACAUUACUGGAAGUAUUAUUGCUGUGGAGCUCUGUUAUACACUCAGACACAUUACUGGAAGUAUUAUUGCUGUGGAGCUCUGUUAUACACUCAGACACAUUACUGGGAGUAUUAUUAGUGUGGAGCUCUGUUAUACACUCAGACACAUUACUGGGAGUAUUAUUGUUGUGGAGCUCUGUUAUACACUCAGACACAUUACUGGGAGUAUUAUUGCUGUGGAGCUCUGUUAUACACUCAGAAACAUUACUGGCAGUAUUAUUGCUGUGGAGCUCUGUUAUACACUCAGACACAUUACUGGGAGUAUUAUUGCUGUGGAGCUCUGUUAUACACUCAGACACAUUACUGGGAGUAUUAUUGCUGUGGAGCUCUGUUAUACACUCAGACACAUUACUGGGAGUAUUAUUGCUGUGGAGCUCUGUUAUACACCCAGACAAAUUACUGGGAGUAUUAUUGCUGUGGAGCUCUGUUAUACACUCAGACACAUUACUGGGAGUAUUAUUGCUGUGGAGCUCUGUUAUACACUCAGACACAUUACUGGGAGUAUUAUUGCUGUGGAGCAUUGUUAUACACUCAGACACAUUACUAGGAGUAUCAUUGCUGUGGAGCUCUGUUAUACACUCAGACACAUUACUGGGAGUAUUAUUGCUGUGGAGCUCUGUUAUACACUCAGACAGAUUACUGACAGUUUUAUUGCUGUGGAGCUCUGUUAUACACUCAGACACAUUACUGGUAGUAUUAUUGCUGUGGAGCUCUGUUAUACACUCAGACACAUUAUUACUGUGGAGCUCUGUUACACACUCAGAUACAUUACUGGGAGUAUUAAUGCUGUGGAGCUCUGUUAUACACUCAGACACAUUACUGGGAGUAUUAUUGCUGUGGAGCUCUGUUAUACACUCAGACAUUACUGGGAGUAUUAUUGCUGUGGAGCUCUGUUAUACACUCAGACACAUUACUGGGAGUAUUAUUGAUGUGGAGCUUUGUUAUACGCUCAGACACAUUACUGGGAGUAUUAUUGCUGUGGUGCUCUGUUAUACACUCAGACAUUACUGGGAGUAUUAUUGCUGUGGAGCUCUGUUAUACACUCAGACACAUUACUGGGAGUAUUAAUGCUGUGGAGCUCUGUUAUACACUCAGACUUACCAACAUUAUGGGGCUUCUAGAAAAGAGAGACAGAGAAAUUUGGGCCCACAAUAGGCACUGUCCCUAGUAAGCAGGGACACUUAGAAGGUAUGAUAUAUCACAGUUUGAACUAGGAAUAUUUCUAAAUAAUCGAUAUUUUAAGGAAACAAUUACUAAAACAUAGGUGACAGUUUGUGGUCCUUUUUACCCCAUUAAAAUAGGUUUUACUUAAUAAAAAUGUAUUUUGAUGGUCGCUGACAAUAAGCACUGCAGGAGUGAAUGUAAAUGUGAACUUGGGGAAUAGGGAUAGCGAAAAAUUGCAAAAUGAACAUACCAUCUCUGUGUCCUCCUCAACAACGUAACAAUGACCAGUGACUUUGCUCUCAUUCAACAUACAUCAUCCUCAUAUUAGCCCUGCACUACCAACCAAUCACUUGCAACUCACAUCUCCCCCAUACAGCAACCCUGCAGAGCACACUAUGGUAUCAUGUCAUACACAAUUUCAGACAAUUACAUAGCAUCCACAUUUGAUUCCCAAAGUUCCAAAAACCCGAAUCAGUCCUACUUAGCAUCAGAAUGUUAUCCACACAGAAUCCACCAAUGCACUAAACACAUUUUUUUUACAUUUUUUUCAAUUGAUUCGAUUUGGAUUUCUGAUUUUUUUUUUAGAUCAGAAGAAUUAAGGUUUGAAAAAUUUUGGAUUGAUUCCAACAAAAAUAGCUAUUGGGGAAAACCUUAAAUGAAGCAAAUAAAGAUGCCUAUGGUAUCCCUUUAACAAAAACAAAAAAUAUUCAGACUGUAAAUGAUUGAUUCAAAGUUGGCGUUAACUGACAGCAGCUAGUAACAGCAGGCACCAUAACCUGAAAUCUGAAUUCCACAUAAACCAAAAUGGCUGGCCUAUCGUUCUAUUCCGUUUAUUAAGAUAUGGAUACAUUUGUUUUGGAAUCUGGAAAUUCGUCUGAACUCCCGGUUAAAAAAGUUUAAAAACAUACAAUUGCAUACAAUGCUGCCUGUUGUAUUUAUAUCUCACCGUUCAUUCCGAUUCUGUGCAGCGAGGGAAUCCAGUUGGUCCUUUGUUCUCAUUUCCAAACUUGUAUUAUUUGUGCUUCGUUCAUCAUUUCUGCUUGUCUUUUUUUACAUUUCCACUCGUUCCGGGCUUCUCAGCCAUAUUUCUACUUCAUGUGAUUACAAUUUCCUGUGUUAAUUCGAUUUCCCUGCCAGUUUGUUUCUUAGCUAACGGUGAGUUCAUUUCCUUGCAGUGUGUCGAGGGGUUUAGAAGAAGGCUCCAUUUCUUUUAUUAGAUUUUAUUUUCCUGCAACCACGAUCAAAAAGUUACUUCUCAAGAGAGACUGAAAUUGCACAAGUUAACCCCUUCAUUACCCAGUUAUUUGCAAAUCAAUGACCACUAGAAUAAUUCUUAUUUUUUUUUGUCAUAAUGUUUUCUGUUUUAAACUAAUUUCCCAAAUGUAUUUAUUUUUUAUUAUAGACCGUUUGAGAAAUGAUUAUAAAAAUAUCAACUUUUUAGAAAGAAAUAACUUUUGUUGGUUUUAAAAUAUGAUCUAUGACAAGGAUAGGGAACUUCCGGCACUCCUGGUGUUGUGGACUAAAUCUCCCAUAAUGCUCUAGGUUGCCUACCCGUAACCUAGGAUGUAGACAUUAUCAUUGUCAAUGUAUCGGUACCCAUUCAAUCAAUCUUGGCUCAUUUCUACCCAUUAUAAAAACCUGUGAACAACCUCAUAAAGACAUUCUGUGCCAUCAAAGUCUUUCAGUCUACAAGCAAACAGGCCACGUAAUUGCCUAUAAAACAUACAUACGUGAGCAGGAAUAAUUAUAAAAUUAUAAAGUAUAAGUAUCUGAUAGUCUGGAAGACUCUGCAAAGUGAGCAGUUUGCCACUUCUUGCAAUAAUAUUACACGCUGGCACCUUAGCUAAUUAGUGGAAAGUUAGAAAGUACAGGCAGCUCUUAUGAGCACUUACAACCUGCAAAUAGAGACAGAUAGACACAGAAAAACAUGGUAAGAGAAGGCACACGGAUAUAUCAAUUAUGAGAUCAGAGAGUCGUAGAGGACUAAAUACAUAUUUUGCUAAACUGCUCUGAAUACUCUGGUGAGAAGAAUGAUUAACAAAAAUGUACAUGGUGAAAAAAAUAGUUUUGUUUCGAUUUGUUAACUUUCAAAUUUCAUUGCACUGAAAUUUGGAAAAAUUUGUGAAAUUCAAUGUGAAAUUCAAUGAGCAUUAUUCCCUAUGAAGGUAGCUGUCACAGAGUUACAAUGUAUCAGUUUAGAGCAAUAUCUGCUAGACUGCUAAAAGAUCAGACUUAUUUUUAUUUCAAUUUUCCGGUUGUUUAGCAAAUAACUCACUAGUUUGCCAUCUCUAUCAAAUUAAUGGAUCUGAAAUUAAUCAUUUUGAAUUCAUUGUUGUUUCAUUAGUUUUUUCGUCUACUUGGUAGAUUUGGGCGCUUCCAAAUUGCAGAGCCAGGCGAAAUUCAGAUAAAACCUGAUUUGGAACAAAACAAAAUUGCACAUAAUGAUUAAUUAUAAGGUCUGACUCCCACAUACAGCUUCACAGAUGGAAAAACAUAUUGGGAAACAAUUGUCACAUAAGACAAAUACACAGCUCGAUAUACAGUUAACAUCUCACCAUGAGACAUAAACUAGGAUGUGACACAUAACUACUUAACAUACUGACACUCUCCUCUUAAACAUAUUUAAUGCAGAACUUUACAGAGUCUGAAGAUAUCUCAGAAUUUCCAUUAUUGCACAGUCUGUUUAAUUUGGAAUCUCUUAUCUCCUGCUCUGUUGAUAGCCUGAUACAGCCUGCAGUAAACUCCUGUGUGUGAUUAAAGUUCAAUUUACAAAAAAAGGAGAUACAAACUGAUAACAUUGCUGAUUUUUUUUUUAAUGCACGUUGUGUGAGUCACAGCCAGGGAAGGUCUGGCUGAGGCUGCAGAAAUAGAAGUAAAAGGUAUUUAACUUGUACAUAACUUUUACAUAUAAAGUCUCACUUUUCAAAAUGGUCUCUUUUUGUAUCAGAUCAACUUGUAUCUCAGCAUUGUGUUCUUUUAAUACUACCUAUAUUAAAUUACUCACACUUAAUUAUAUUGGCUUGCAGCAACUAAUUGGGCUGUCAAAUGGCUUGGGAGAUGAAUGCAACUCAUUAUUACCAAGUUUGCUUUUACAUCAACGGGUAAUUUGACUUUGAUCUUGAAUAUUGAAUUUGGCUCAAUUUGGCAAUCAAAUUUUGGUUAGUUAGUGGACAGAAGUGACAAAGUGAGUGAGAAUUUAACAUAAGUUGAGUUCUGCAAUGAGCUAUCUGACCUUUAGUAAAUCAAAGCCAUUUUUCCAUCCCAUCAAAAAGUGCAUCAGCGGGGGGUGAGAGGGGGCACGCUCUGUGAUCAUAUAAAGAGGAAAAAAUCCAUUUAAAGUAGGAUUAGGUCAAAUAAUUCUAAUCUCCAGCUGAUCCAGACAAGAAAACCAGGCAACUGUGCACGUCUCAAAACUAACAAUUAUCUGGAACACAAGAGGAAGAGGCUGGCCUGCUCCUUCCACUCAAAGGCUGAACUUUGCAUGGUUUCCGAAUGUCCGAACCUCGAGAUAGCAUUAUGUUCUCCUAAUAAAUGCUUCGCUAUUAUGUAUUGUAUGUUUUAUAUUACAUGAUUUUUUAAAGAUGGUUAAUGCUAGCGUUAAGUUUAGGGUUAAAGUUGAGGAUAGGGGCUGGGGGUUCCACUGGGACAAACACACGCAUCUGUCUGCCCAAAAGCUGUAGGAGUUACACUCCCAAAUGGCAGCUGCUAUUUACAACUUUUGUCCUAAAUUCAGUCCCUCUCCCUUAAGAGAUUUGCCAGUAUAAAAAAAUGGCACGUUGUCUCCCCGGAUCCUCUCCCAGCAUGUGAGUUUUGGAAGAGGGACAGAAUGAAUGGUAUCACCCGAAGAGAGUAGCUGCCUCCCCUGGAAUUUAACCCCCAGUAAUUCCUGAUGUUGCUUGUGAUUGGGGAACCUGCAGAGUGUGACGUCACCCAUUGUGAUAUAGAAGGGUACGGUCUAUGUUUAUUUUUAUGAAGAUAUAAUAAAUCAAGUCAUGUGGGAAAUAAAGCAAUUAGUCUUGGCUCCCAAGGGGGAUCACGAUAUCACAAUGAAUGAUGUUAGCCUGAUGCAAGACGCAGUGAGACUAUCUUUGUCCCUCUUUCUCCAAGGGUUUGUUUGUCCUUUGUUUUCAUGUGAUGUGUCCAAUUACAUUUUAUUGUUACUUAUUAACCCUUUCAUAGCAAGGGAUUUGGCACGCUCCAUGACGUAUUUAAUAGCCCAUCGAUCAUUAACCCCGUUACUAGCAAAAACACAGGAACAAAUGUUUAUUUACUUUUUCUUAUUUACAGAUAACUUUGAGCCCAUAAAGCCCCACCUAUGAUUUUUGAGUCAUCCAUUGGGAUACAUUGUACAGAUCCAAGGGCUCAAAUGUCAAUCAUGAGAAAACAUGAAUAAUAUGUAAGCUGUUGUAGAAUAGCUAUUUUUACUGUACAUAAUACACUUAUGCAGGCAUUAUUAUUAUUAAAGAAAUACAAAUCUGAGUAUUUCCCUAGUUCUAUGUAGGAACCCCCAUCCCCACCACAUGCAAUACAAAUUAAUGAAAAAAAAGAUUUAUUAACGCUUUUCGAGCGCCGAGACUUUCUCUGCGCUCCUCACCUCACCCCGCGUCCUGUGACCAUGUCAUUCCUUCUUUAUGAUACUCCAAUCCAAUGCUCCUCAUAGAGUAGUAUUGGGGAUGUGAUGUGCAUGCGCCGCAAGCACAGCUUGCGCAAUCAAGCUAACCAAUAGGAAAGCAUCGUUUUCAAUGCUUUCCUAUGGGCUUCCGCAUCAUGUGAUCACUUUUACCCGUUUUUUGCAGCAGAAGCGCCUCUAGUGGCUGUCAGUAUCACAGCGACUAGACACGAAUUUAACGCUGCAAUGUAAGUUCCUAAAAAUUUUUACAUUGCAGCGUUACAAGGACAGGGACACAGCGCCCAAACCGCUUCAUUGAGAAACUAUAGUAUAGCAUCCCUUCAAUUAUUCUGUCAUUUAUAUAGGGUCAACAUAUUCUGCAGAUACAUUUUCUACAGGGUUUGUUUGUCUACAAUUCUUUAGGCGUUUUUUAUGUUUAACUCCUGUGUCAUGGCUGUUAUGAUGAUAGCCGUACACGGUAUGUGUUGUCUAAAAGUUGUUCACACCUGGAACAGCAAGAACAGACUAUUACUAAAUUUCUCACUAGUGAGCCAGCCUGGUGGUUUAGAAAUUUCUAUGUUGAUCUACCUCAGCCAGAUACCAUGGUAUGUAUUUGAUAGUACUUGAAGCCUCACUCCUAAAACUAAUAGCCUGAAAACGCUGCCAUGAUUGACAGCUGAUUCCCCGCUGCUGCAAUCCCUGCCGGGGUCAGUAGUCAACCUCAAAUGCUCAUAGAUUGUAAACUUGUUUGAGCUGGGUCUUCUUUCCCUUGCUGUAAUUGUAAAACACUGCACAAUCUUCUUGUGCUUUAGAAAUGUUAAUAAUAUGAUAUUGUACUAUGCAAGUAUUUUAUGGUUUUCAAAAAGGACUUUCUAGGCACCAGAAUGUAGUACUUCUGGCUCAUAUAGCCUAUCCCUGCAGGCUGAGCAUUUUGAGAAAGGGCAGUUUUUACACAAUGCCUAAGUCCACUUCUUGUGGUUGUCAUUCUGACAGCUAUUAGGGACUUCCUGGCUUCAGUUCUGCAAAGAUUGCAGGACCAACAUUCAGUAUCUCCAUGUUCUGCAUGGAGAUGCUAAACUCUCCGCAUAGAGAUUCGUUGAGUCAAUACAUCUGUUGGAGAAGAUGCUGAGUGUGCACUAGCCUUCCUAUGGGGAAGCGUUCAGUUGGCUGGUACCAUCAGAAUUGAUGAUCUCAACCAGUGGGGGUAAGGCAUCCAUGGCGAAAAUGUUUUUUUAAUGGAUACAGGGUGGGGGGGCAUGCAAAAGGCAUGUUUAUUUUCCUGUUACCCCUGCUCCUACAAUUCAAAUGUAUAUGUUUGCCCAAUUAUUGUCUAUAAAUAUUGUAGCUUGAUAAAUAACAUUAAUAUGAUCACUGAAAAAGUGAUAGUGGAGUAUUAUAUAUAUAUAUAUAUAUAUAUAUAUAUAUGUAUUGGAAAAGGCCUGUAAUAUAUUGAAAGCUACAGAGCCUUUGCCCAGCAGGCCCAGCUGGCCUGAGAUAUAACCAGAGAUGAAUAUUCAUGGCUUUCUCUAAUAUAAUUAAAUGGCAGCCGCGCUCAUCUUGAGUGAGAUACCUGCCUGGGGCUAAAUUAAUUGAGAGCAUCCAUAUAUUGCUUAUGUCAUCGGAAGACACCGGAGAGAGUGGAGAUUCAGAUCUGGUGGGAUUUCUCCAAGUGUAAGCUGACAAUCUCUUAAUGUCGAUUGGGAAUCAGUCAGGGUAUAUCUGGAGAAGAGAUUCGUAUUGCUCAGAUGGUGAUUUUCCAAGAAUAUCCCUGAUUUAUAAGCUAAGAUAAAAGAAUGGAAAAAGAAUGAACAACAUAAGCACACCUCAAAAAGCAACGAUUCUAUCAGAACACUAUUUUUCCUUCAAAUUUUUUAGAUAAUUCUAUCCCCAUCUCUCUCAAUACUGUGAAUACUCAGGCUAAAUUUUGUCUUGGAUUACAAAGCAGUGAAGAUAAAAAGUGUCUUAUAACCCCCCACUUCCCUCCAUCACUCGUACAAAACAUAAUAUUCUAAUAUUUAGCUUUAAUUUAAUUCUAAAAUUGAAAAUGAUACUAAUACUGGACUUCGAUUUAAUAUUUUUGGAUAGGCCUUUAAGAUGAUUUAAUAUCAUGAAAAAUAUUUUAUUUUGUGAUAUUUUGAUAUUUUUUAAUAUUUAGAUUUUUUUGUAUAUAAAUUUGGAUAAUUAAAAAAUUUUUUAAAGGUUUAUUCAAAAAUAUAAAAUUAUUUGAAAAGCUUAUAAAACAGUGUGAGUGCAAGGCCUUGGUUUGAAUGCUUACCAAUCUUGUUUACUGUUUUCUUAUUGGUUUGUGAUAAGAAGUGAUUUAAUAUUCUUAGAAACUACUUUUCAAAUGAUUUAUCUUCAGAAUUUUAAAUAGGCUAUACUGGUUGCUUUUGUAGAUAAAUCAUUUGGGACAUUUCCCCGACAGUAUUGAAUCAUUUGGAAAGCUUAUUAAAAUGAGGCAAUAGUUAAAUAAUAAAAUAUUUAAUUCCAUUAUGUUUAGACUCUUCAUUAUCUGUUAUUGCUGCUGAUCCAAAGACGGUGACAACCCAAUUUGGACCACCUUGAUAUAAAAAGGGGGAUGGGGGGGGGAAUUUCUAGACUCCGAACUGUCUGAUUUCAGCUUUAUACAAACAGUGAUCAUGAUUAUUAACUGACAAGUAGCAUGUUACAAUAGAGGACAAAAAUGCAAAAAUUAAUGAAAUAAAAAUAUAUAUAAAUAUAAAAAUAAAAAUUUAUGAAAUAAAAAUAUUCCAUAGUAAGAAACGCAGAACAAAAGACAAGUGUGAGUUAGUAUUUCUUGUUAAAUGAUGUAGAAUGUGUAAACCCUUUGUUAUCCUCGGGGUAGGUGAAACUGCUUUUUUCUUUCCUUUAAACAAAUUCCGCGCGAACAUGUGUUAGAGAAAAAAAUAUAGCACGCAGUGAGAUUAUUAUAGGGAAUUGAAAACCAACUUUAAUACAAUGAGAAACUCAUCAGAAUACCUUCAGAAUGAGAGGAAAAGUUCAACGUGGCCAGCUGACCACAUUCUGAACUUAAAGGGACAUUCCACAGUCCGAAAAAAACCAAAACAAUGCAUGCAUUUAAUUAUGAAUUUUUUUAAUUGAGGUGUAUCUAAAACAAGCUUGCAAACACAGCAGUUUGCAAGCCCUCCGCUUCUAACCCCGCCCAAACUUUUUGUGGCUGUCCAAUCACAGACUUCCCAAUGCAGCUCGAUGAGUCUUUGCAAGGCAGGUGCUCUGGGCAAUUGCUGACUCUUAAGUAUAGCUCCACUGAACUAACCAAACCAGGAAGUAACUAAACCUAUUGUCUGAUUGACAGCCGGGGGGUGGGGGGAUAAGAAAGGUUAAUUUAUAAAAGUUCUAUUGAAAUUUACACAUUUUGUAAAAUGGACACACUCUGCACACAUAGAGCACUUUAGCAAGCUAAACUGCUUUAGGAGUUUGAAAAUACAGAAAACACUAGUGCUAGUAGGUGUUUAUUAUCAACUAAAGUUAAAUACCAAGUGGUGACUCAAAAAGACAUCCAUGUGACUUUCCCCUAAAAGCAUACUAUUAUAAAAGAGUGACAAAACUAUUAAACAUAGUGGUCAAAACAGUGCUGUGGCAUAUAUACAUAAUAAACAAGUAUAAUAUAUACUUACUUAUACACUUUAACAGGUUUUAAUAAGUUAUAAGUUAAACUGUGAUUUUAAAAAAAAGACCUAACAAACUUUACAGCCAAGUCCUCCAAAAUCAAAAUAAGAAACAAUAUAAUAGACAGGUUUCUUAAAUUUCUAGAAGGUAAAGACUUUAAAGGGACACUAUAGUUACAGUCACCAAAACAACUUUAGCUUAAUGAAGCCGUUUUAGUGUACAUAUCAUGCCCCUGCAGUCUCACCGCUCAAUUUACUGUAAUUUAGGAGUUGAAUCACUUUUUUUUCAUGCAGCCCUAGUCACACCUCCCUGCAAACACUUCAUAUAAAGAGUCAUCUAAUGUUUGCACUUCCUUUAUUGCAAAUUCUGUAAAUUAUGCUUAAUUUAGAAUUUCUUAUCUCCUACUCUGUUAUUAGCCUUUUAGACCCUGUUAGAGCCUCAUAUGUGUGAAUAAAUUUCAAUUUGUAGAGCAGGAUAUAAACACUUCUAAAGUAAAUUAACAUGUAAAAAUGAAGCAAUUUACUUCAUGAAAGCUGUGUGAGUCACAGCCAGGGAGACUUCAGGGGCAUGAGCUAUACACAAAAACUGCUUCAUCAAGCUCAAGAUGUUUUGAUGCCUAUAGGGUCCCAUUUAGCUGGAAUCACCUAUCUCCUCCAGUUUACAGAAAAAAUCAAUUAUAGAAAGGGAAACCGAGAUGAGACAUUUUUACUAAAGAGCCAAUAGACUGAAUUGUUUUAUAGAGGGAGCAGUAUAACCUCACUUCUGAAACAUAAAUUAGUGUUUAACAUUUAUUCUGAUAAAGAGUUGGAUACAUUCUAAAAUAUAUAUUGAUAUUAAUACAUUUUAAAGGAAUUUGUAUACAAAAAAUCAGAUGGAGAAUGGAGGUAUAUCAGUCAGAACAGAUCCCUCUUACAAGAAUUAUUUUUUUACCCUAGAAUCUGUUCACUAACAGAGCUGUUAAUUUAGGCUCAUUCCAAAUACUUACAUUUAUCAUGAGUUGAAAGAGAGAAGUUGUCAGCUAAGAUGAACAUUCUAGAAUUGAUAGAACCAAUAAGCUAACAAUGGCCUCAGUUUAAUAUAUUUUGAUAACAUGUUUAAAUUAUUUUUUAAAAAUAAUUAAAAUAUCAAAAUGAUACCUUAUGCAAAGACGAUUUAUCAAAACAUUACAAAACUGAAUAUUGUCCAUAAGAUUAAAGUAUUUUAAAAGCUUUACAAAAAUAUUAAAUCAUUUGAAAAGCUUCUACACAAUAUUAACUUGAGGUCAAUGUGUUUUCCAAAGUGAAAGGUGGGAUGGAAACAUUUCUCAACAUUACGGAUGUCAAACAAUAAAAUAAAUGAUUCUAAGCUCAUUCACACACUAUGGCCUCAAUUUAAUUCCUUUCCCAGUGCUUUAUCUACACAAAUUCCCCCAGACUUUAAUGGUGACCAGAUAAAUCAUUUGAAAAGUUUUUUUCAUUGAAAUACUUAUAAAAACUAUGAGAUUGAAUUCCAUGUUAGUUGUGUGGUUAAAUGUAAGUUAGUAAAAUUCCAUAUCUGUGGCAGGAUUAUAAAACUCUGGAGCUAUAUCUGAUGACCACUCUCCAUCAUAACCCGGCUAGACCUGAGUUUCGAGGUGUGUAUGGCAGCUGUCAGCCCAUCGUUUAACACCGCAGAUCUCAAGAACACAUUUUCUGUGUGGAUACAAAGUGCUGUCUGAUAAUAUGAUAACCUGUUACUGAAAACACUUUCAAGGGCAACAAAGUAACCGCAGUGUCUGCAGGUGUUUGAUUGCAAUGAUAAAGCUGCUUCCAUCUCGGUACAAGUGCAGUGAUCUCUCUGUAAAAGACAUAUUAAUCCCCUGAGGAAACGGACAUUGCUUUCAAGUUGCACGAUAGGGCCCAACAGGGAGCAGAAAGCUAAAAGUGGUGAAUAAAGCUUCCUGUUUCCCCUCUGGCUCUCGAGAGAUGUCUAAUCUGGUCUUCGAGCCAAAGGUGGCAGUUUCCACAGAAACCAGGCAGCUGUUGUCUAGACAGUGCAGGCUGCGGGUCUCUGAUGCCGUCAGAUUUCUUUAUUCACACCCCUGGGUGUUAUACACAUGAUACGGUUAUUCCUGUCCCAAGGUAAUGGGCUGUGACCAACAAAGCAAAAUAAAAACAUCAUACAAAGCUUACUUUAAAAAUCGGAUGAAAAAAAGCGUGAUAAAAAAAAAAUAUAUAAAUUUGGAUACACAUGUUGCUUACUUAGACUGCUGCAUGCAUUGUGCACUGUACUGUGUGCUAUAAAGUGUGAUCCGAUAACAACUCUGUGAUUUUAGCCAAGGAUAGUCCACUAACUGUGCUGAUGCAGCUGGACAGGUUAUUGUAGUACUUUUGAUGCGAUUUAAAAAAUAUUAUUAAACAAGGGUAAUUAGGUCUCCACAAUCUAUGUCAUUUUGCCUUUAGGGAAUUGUCAAAAAGCCCAGUUUGAGACCAAACAAACACAGCAUCCAAACACUAUCCAUUCCCUUUCUGAAUUCUAUAUUCAAUGAUGUAUAGGAAUACUGCAGUAGAUUUUAAUAGAAAUUGGCACUUUUAUAAAAUUACCUUGUAAACCAGUCCUGUUACUUCUGUGUAGUUUACCUCGAUGAGCUAAACUUAAGAGACGGGCAAUUGCUCAGAGCACUUGCAUUAUUAAACUACAUCAGGAAGCCUGUGAUUGGACAGCAACAGGAUGUCUUAGUGGGGGAGGAAAGGGAGGGCUUCCAGUACCUGCAGAUACUAUAUCGGAAGCUAUUGCAAGCCAGGAUUUAAUAUACCUACAAAGAAAACUGAAAAAAUAAAUACACAUUUUCUUUCGAGGUAUUUCUAUUCAAGUGUUAAUUUUAUUUAAUUAUUUAUUUUAAAGGACUCCUUUAAAAGGGUGAGCUGAGUCUCACAGGAAACCUAGUUCAGAAAAGAUGCUGUGCCGAGCAUCAUCCUCACUGCCUUAUUUUCUGCGUAUUCUUCUCUCUCCUGGGUUUUUCUGUCUGAUGAUAUUAUUUAGAAAUUAACCCUGUUUUCAGCAGCAGUGAUGGCUGAUGAAGGAAUUGAUAAGGUGAUAAUUAGACUUCUACUUUCAAUCACACUCUUUAAAAUAAUUUUCGCAUUAGCAAUGAAUAUUAUAGCAGUUCUUUUCAAAUUUAAUUACACUUGCACACUUUAAUAUUUUAAUGGAAGUGGGGGAAUAGAAACAGUUAUAUUUGGGCCCAUUCCAUGUAUGGUCUAAUGUGUUUAAAUCUGUUUGAGUUUAGCUACUCAUAAUCAGAAUGUGAAUUUUUUUUUAUGGUAUAUAAAGAGGCUACAAACCCCUUCACUUCCAGGUUCAGAUAUAAACAUUUUUACUUUAAUGUACUUACCAGAAAACAAAAUGUAGCCUUUAAAGCCUAAUUCAAUCUCAUUUAUACGCUAUGAUUACCAGCAUGUAGAGAAAUGAAUGUCUGUGCCAGAAGCCACUAGUCACUGAUUUGAUAACUGUAAUUUUACUGAGAAUGUCAGCCCACCCUCUACUUCCAAACAGUUCAUUUCAGUGGGUCCUAUCAUUCCUACAGUCAGGCAGGGAAGAAGAGUGAAUGGAUUCUACAUUAUCACACUAGAGAUUGACAAAAAAUUGCUAUAGCACUUAUUUAAAUUCCUUUAUUUGUGAACUACUUGAUUUAGCUGCACUUACAUAGGCAUUAUGCUCAAAUGCAGACGUCAUGUUUGCAUUUUCAGGAAACUUUGCUAGCAAUGUUUUUGGGGCCCUUACAAAUACCUAAAAGCAAGGUGUUUGACCAUGUGUGAAAUAUUGAAAGAUUAUAUAUAUUGACAUAUACAUACUUAUACAAUGUCUAAAGCUUUUCAUUCUCCAAAAAUGUAUAUGAAGUAACAAAUAAAUAAAAAAUGAAAAUUGUGUACAUUUACAUCGUUUUAAUUUCUACUAGACUUGUGCCCAGUACAAUUUUUCAGUUCUUCUGAAUCAAUUUGCUUUUCCAAAAUGUUUGGAUUCAGAAGAAUUUCGGUAAAAAAUUGUUGAAUUGAAACAAAUAAUGUUGGGGAAAUUACUGAAAAAGGGUUUCUAGAUGUUGGUCUUUCAGCUGAUUAAUAGGUAAUUAUAUAUAGUUAACUAAUUUGGUAUCCUUAUGUGGGUUUGCCUUAUUUAAGGAUUCCAAAAUAUGGAGACAUAGAAACAUAGAAUGUGAUGGCAGAUAAGAACCAUUCGGCCCAUCUAGUCUGCCCAAUUUUCUAAAUACUUUCAUUAGUCCCUGGCCUUAUCUUAUAGUUAGGAUAGCCUUAUGCCUAUCCCACGCAUGCUUAAACUCCUUUACUGUGUUAACCUCUACCACUUCAGCUGGAAGGCUAUUCCAUGCAUCCACUACCCUCUCAGUAAAGUAAUACUUCCUGAUAUUAUUCUUAAACCUUUGUCCCUCUAAUUUAAGACUAUGUCCUCUUGUUGUGGUAGUUUUUCUUCUUUUAAAUAUAGUCUCUUCCUUUACUGUGUUGAUUCCCUUUAUAUAUUUAAAUGUUUCUAUCAUAUCCCCCCUGUCUCGUCUUUCCUCCAAGUUAUACAUGUUAAGAUCCUUUAACCUUUCCUGGUAAGUUUUAUCCCGCAAUCCAUGAACCAGUUUAGUAGCCCUUCUCUGAACCUUCUCUAAGGUAUCAAUAUCCUUCUGAAGAUACGGUCUCCAGUACUGUGUACAAUACUCCAAGUGAGGUCUCACCAGUGUUCUGUACAAUGACAUGAGCACUUCCCUCUUUCUACUGCUAAUACCUCUCCCUAUACAACCAAGCAUUCUGCUAGCAUUUCCUGCUGCUCUAUUACAUUGUCUGCCUACCUUUAAGUCAUCAGAAAUAAUCACACCUAAAUCCCUUUCCUCAUAUUUUGAGGUUAGGACUCUAUCAAAUAUUCUGUACUCUGCCAUUGGGUUUUUACAUCCAAGAUGCAUUAUCUUGGACUUAUCCACAUUAAAUGUCAGUUGCUACAGCUCUGACCAUUUUUCAAAUUUCUCUAAAUAAUUUUCCAUUUGGCUUAUCCCUCCUGGAACAUCAACCCUGUUACAUAUCUUAGUAUCAUCAGCAAAAAGACAUACCUUACCAUCAAGACCUUCUGCAAUAUCACUAAUAAAAAUAUUAAAGAGAAUGGGUCCAAGUACAGAUCCCUGAGGUAGCCCACUGGUGACAAGACCAUGCUUUAAAUAUACUCCAUUGACUACAACCCUCUGUCGCCUGUCAUUUAGCCACUUCCUUACCCAUUCAACAAUAUUGGAAUCCAAUAUUCUACUAAACACAGCUUCCCCCCUUCCAUGGCAAUCCUACAUAAUGCUACCAAAUUAAAAAUGUAUCUAUUUUCUAAACCACUGAAAGAUUUAGCAUGGAAAGAUGGAACUGAAAAUAUUAACUGGAUUUCGGUUGAACCAAACAAAAUAUCGACUUAAAUUAGGUUUGGCUGAAACAAAAUUAUUUUUCGUCUGAAUGUAUUUGGUAGAACUGAAAUGUUCCGCUGUACCAAAAUGUAGUGCUAGCUCUGUAUCCCCUUUUUACAAAUAGAUGUAAUACUAAUAUUUGUUUCUAAAAGUGCUUGGUAGUGACGUCAACUUAGUUGUAAUGCAUAUUAGAGGUUAUUUAGAGUCUAUUGUGAAUAAAGGGGAGGGAAUUUAUCAAAGUGUUUUCUUCAUGAAAAAGAGAAGCAGUCACCAAUAAAAGGUACUUGCUUUUUCACUGGUUUCCAUGGUGAUUGUCCCACUUUUAGUUCUUUCGACCACUUUUUAGUACCGAACACUUUGAUAACUCUUCCUCAUAGAGUUAUCCACUGUGCCAUGGAUCUCAUGGCGUUUAGAACUUUACAAGGUAUAGACAUUAUAUGAGAUAGGUAGAACACAGUGAUUAAACAAGGACUCAUUUUAUUGAACGCUGUAGCAUUAUUUUGCUCUACUCAUGUAUAGAUAAUUAGCCGUGCAGACACAUUUUAGAUGGAGUGGUUUAACAUUAACAAGCAGUGCUUCACCUAAUAUGUUUAUAGGGAUGCCCCAGGCCUUCCAUUUUAUAUAUAUAAUGCAUGAAAAUUAUUCACAAAAAAAAAUUAUGUUCUUGAAACUGCUAUCCUUCUUUGAGCGAGCUACAGAAAUAAUAGGCUUAUGGGAUAUGUAGUUCAGCCUCAAGUAGCCCUUCCACAAAUAAAUGAUGAUGCUUGGAGGUGCUGAAUAAAGUGGGAAGUGCUCUUCCAACACGCGCACAUUGUACACUAAAUACUAAACUUCUACACUAGGAAGAUUUUUUGUUCUUAAAAAUUGAUUUUUCUGCUCUGAAGAAUUUAGUUUGAAAAAAAAUUAGGUUUGGUCCGAAAAUUGGUUUCGUUCUGGAAGAAAAUUCAAAAUCAAAGCAUAUAUUGCUGGGGAAGCCCUAAGGGUUCCCUAAAUUGAAGAAGGAAAGCAUCUAUAGAGUCCAUUUAACAAAAAAAUAAAUAAAAAAAAACCUAUCAAACUGUAAAUUAGUAAUUCAAAGUUGUUGUUUUGUGGCAGGGGCCACUAGCGGUAACAACUACAAAAUUUAUUCCAAAUUAAACGAACCGGCUCAUAUAUUGCUGUAUUCGAUUUAUUGAGAAUUUCGGGUACAUUUGUUUUGGAAUUCAGAGAUUUUGAAAUGCACGGAAUUAGACAAAAAUUUGAUUCAAUGUGAACCACAUCUCCAAGUUGACUUAAUACUCUAUCUGCAGACUUGAAAGGCACGGACAGAAUGGACAAUUAUUUGGCUGUGAUUUUCUUUUAAAUUUUGGAUGAUCGGCGGGUCAGGACAAUUUCCAUAACUCCAAAAACCUAUAUGGACGUAUCACAAACAAACAAACUAGACAAUUGACCAUGUUUAUUUGUUUCAUGAUGCUAAUUUUUUUUUUUUUUAAAUGAAUAAAAAAAUAAACAAAUAAUGGAACUAUUUUGCAGCACACCGAUUGGCCCAUUUUCAUGCCUUUUUUGGUUUGUCUGACUUUUCCAACAUAUUUUGCAUGGACAAUAUUUGGACGAGCCUUUCCCCCACAUAGACAAACAAUGGACCACCUGAACACAUUAUUAUUUUUUUGUACAAUUUGAUUUGGUCUGACCGCAUUUUCCCCUGUGCAUAAAUCUACUGUUAACUAGACUUGGGCAUUCAGAUUUAUACAAAUGGAAAAUAAAGAUUUUCGUCCCUUAGUCCGAAUACCUAAUAACAAAAGGGGAGCUGAAAGAACAAACAAACAACAUAAAUAUAUAGAUAGACAGACAGACAUUGAUUGAUAUAUAUACACAUAUAAAUGCAUACUGUCUGUCUCGCUCCCCUGUUGAACCUCAAGGUGAAUUCAAAGUGAAUUUCAACUUCAAGAUCAAAAUAGACAGACUGUAAAAAUUCUAGUUCAGCUAUGUUUUUCAUUCUGCUACUCUAAUCUUAACUUUGAAUUAACUUUGGAAUCUCACUCUAGUCAAUAAUCCUGCAGGUCUCCCAUUAACACCAUAAACACUGCAUGCGUGUCUAAAAAAACAUUGUAAAUCACCAGAAUGUAAUUUGUUGCUGGAAGUGAGAGAGCUAAAACAACGGCCACAUUUUCAGGCAUAAUAUCCCCAUACUUGAUUUUAAUCAGGCAAACAUUUUACAGUAUGCGGCAUUCCGAGCAGUCGUUGCAUUUAUAUUCUGUUGGUAUUUUGAGUUUUUAUUGCUGAAAUUCCAAAAUAUAUUGUACACAUACCAAUCAGCAACGCACUCGACCCUUUUUAUUUAUAUUACAGUGUUGCAUGUGCAAUAUAUUCAAUUUAUAUGUUAACCAUAUUCAAUAUUUUACUGACAAAUGAUUUUAUAAAAACAAAUUGGAUAAUUGCAAAUGUACUGAAAAGUAUAAAAAUAUAAACUAGUUUGACCUUAAUUCAUAUACCAUCAAUGCAUCUCUUGUAUAACUUGAUCUCAGUCUCUACUAUAACCUGAGUGUACCAAUUGUGCCAUUGUCACUACCAUUCCUGACCUUCUUAGAUUUGCUUCAUAGCCAAAAAGAAAACAGUAGUAAAGAUGCAAAUAUGGACAAAAGCCUCAAGCGAUUACUGUAGGGUGUAUCCUAUUCAACAGAUUUCAAAUUACUUUUAUCUCAUUUGAAUCAAUGCAGAAAUAAGCAAUACAGUUAGCAUACCAAUCAGCCCCACCAUAGAGAGCCCAUUUACAUUUGCCUACCUUGAUGAUUCUAAUUGCCCAGAUUAUGGUCUUACAUAUCCAAUAUUAGAAAGAGCUAAGUAGCUACUGUAACUGAGUUGAUGCAGACCCCCAUUCGAUGUACGAAUGAUCAAGUUGGUAUAUUUUCCAAACUGUAACAUCUGAAGCCACUUUAACAUAUAUCACUGGUUGACCCCAAAUGAAUGAAAGUAUGAGAACUGUGAUUCUAGAAAAGACACAUUGAGUCUUAAUUAUCUUCCAAUGGAAGUAGUGUAAACGAGAAAAAGAAUCCAGUUUCUUUGAAUGGCUCAAGCGUAUGUGAAAAAGAGGACAUUUCUAAAAUGAUAAACCUGCAAUACAAACCAUCGUGAUGUUGCAUUUAAUAUCCCAUAAAACCUGCUUGGCUAUAAUAUUUCAACAUUUUUUGACUUUUUGCAAAAUCUUCUACUUGUAAUGUGAUAUUAACUGCUCUCGCUACCAAAAUAGCCUAUAACUAUUCAAUAUAUGUAAAGGAAAUGUAUAUAUAUGAAAAUAAUUCUAUUCAUUCAUUUAUUGUAGAUAGAGGUUAAUACAGUAAAUAAUUACAGUAAAUGAAUAGAAUUCAUUUCAUUAUUAUAUUUACCUCUUAUUACUUUCCCAGAAAGUAUGAUUAUGUAUUGUCACAGCAGGUAUUUCAACCCUUUGAUUUAGGCUGCAGCCUGCUACCCUUUCAGUUCUCUUAUUUAAUAUACAUCCCUCCUGUACUUGGGUUAUAUUUGUGAAUAUUUAUAGCAAAUUGUGACUCCUUAGUUUAAAAUACUGACAUUCUGUCAGCAGACAACACAUUGUUAGUUCAUUUUAACUAAUUUAUUUGUGUCACGUAUCAAUUCCAUACAGGGAAUUGUUAUUAUUAUUAUUUUUAAUAUUUAUGUAUCGCCACCAUAGUCCAAAAUGCUUUACAAAAUUAUAGAGGGGAAAAUUUAACAAGAGAUUAAACAAGUGCAAAAUGUUGUAGGAACAAUAGGUUUAUAAGGGCUGUGCUCAAACGAUCUUACAGAAUAGAGGAGGUGGAGUAUAAUAAUGCAGUAGGAAGGGCAUCAAAGGAGAUAGCAACCAAACAACAAGAUGGGAAAGUAGCAGAGCUGGAGGUGAGAGGGGAGUGUGGCCCUUUAGGAGAGAGCAGGAGACAGGUUUGUGAAAUAGAAGUUACUCUGGGAGGCCAUAGGCAUUUCUGAAAUGAUGAGUGUCAUGAUUGAAGGCAAGAGGAGAGUCUGACAGGGGUAGGCAAGUGUUGCAUCAUGCCCUCUGUUGAGUCUUUUGGAAACCAACACAAUGUCUUGACUGAUUUUGCAGUAUCAUUCAGUAGGCAGCAUUUUUCCAGCAUGUCCUCAAAACUGGUCAAUGGUCCAGGUUCCAUUAAUAUUUUUAUUUAAGCACAACGGAUAAUUUCCAAAAUGUGUACAAAUGGUAGUUCCUCAGAUUUGGUAUAAGAACUAAUAGACUUAAGGAUAUCAAAUCUAUUCUCAUAUGUUUUGUUUUUUUUAUUCUAAAAUGUUGUGCUCUGAUAUAGUUCUUCCCUUCACAAUGAUUUUUGCCUUUGAUCUUUUUGGUGUAUAUUCAGAUAAUUCAAUUAUGAUGGAAUAAGAUUUUUCCCCCCCUGCUUAUAUACACAUUUAAUUCCUUUUCUCCUUUAGUUAGCCUGCCAUUAACACAAGUAAACCCCUAUGUUACCAAAUGGCACAUCAUUAAUUCAAUCUGAGUAGUAAUGCUAUGAUAAUUCUGUUAACUUGUCAUGUAACUGUAAAAUGGUUAUCUACCAGCUACUCAAGGAAGGUUUAGGUUUUUAGGUUUUUGGCACUCAAAAUUAUCACUAGUCCGUAAACUAUAGCUUAGUAAAAUGUAUCUUAAUCAGGACUCCAAUGACACCUGGACCAUUACUUGCUGGGCUAGAUGCUCUUGAUAAACAUAAUACGAAAUGAAAUUUUUUUUUUUACUUGUUAUGAUGAAUCUAAAUUUUAUUUUUUGUCUUCUCUUUUUUCCUUUAGAUGAAGCAGAACAAACCAAACCUAGUGAAAGUGCCCAACAAGAGGAGGGUGUGAGUGAAGAAACCAAGGAAGACCAAGAAAAUGCCUGAAUAUGUUGAACGUUCCCAUUGCUCUACUCUUGAAGUCCAUCGUUCCGACCUCCCGGCUCUCCUUUCUCUAAUUCUCUUGACUGUCCUCCUCACGUGGAUUCCUCUGGCUCACUCUUCCCCUCUUAUUACUCUCUGUGUGGCAGAACAUGUAAAGGGCAGGAAAGUUUCAGUCAAACAGUGUGGCUUAAACAUUUUUAAGUGUUUUUUGGUGUUGUUAAUGGCAAGUUUUACAGUAUGGUCCAAUCCAAUUCAUUUUGGAGAUUCUCUUGCACUGUAUUCGAGUUUUAUUCCAGCGCCCGUGCUCUUUUUCUUCGCUCUUUUUCUCUCUCUCUCUCUGUUCCACUGUGUGCAAUGUUCCGUUUACCUACGGGUUUCAAAACUAUCCGGUGAAUUUAAAAAAAAACAAAAAAAAUUUAACAAAAACGUCUUUUUUUGUUUUUCAUUUUUCUUUUUGUUUUUAUGUUUUUUUUUUUAUUCUUGUUCCUCUUUAAUGUGAUGGAAUGAACUUAUCAAAAAUAAUUAGCCCUCCCUACAGUUUGUUUUCCAAAAUAAAGCAAUGUGCCAAUUAGCGUAUAAGCA